AAUAAAUACUCGGUGAUAUUUCCCCCCCCCGCUGGAUCAAGUUGACGGUUUGGCCCAAAAUGGCUGGAGAGAAACAGUUAUGAGGAUCGACGGUUUUACCAGGUAUUUACGAAAAAUCAGCCUGCCUGUAGCCUGAAGGUGCUUCCUCCACACAACUGGGGAUCCAGGUGAGACAUGUUUACUGUAAAUCCAACCUUUUCACCCCGCUGGCCGCUUUUCGAGCGAUAUAAUUGAGCCAAAGUAGGCUCGUUUGCAGUGUUAUCACGGUAGCCUUCAUAUGAAGCCGCCAGCUGCUGUGUUUGGUGUAUAUUUACAGUAUGAAAAACAGCUUCAACUCGGGUUUCAGUCAUUAUAAAGAGUUGAUCCUACUUGAAAAUGCACAUGCAAUGAACAGCGGAUGCACACACCUCUCGGAGCUGUCAGUGUGUGUGUGUAGCUGCUGCAGAGCGGGCCUGUAGCUAACCCUGCAGCUGUGCAGCGCAGACAGACGUCAUCAGGCCAGGAUUCCCUGCAGCGGCUGUGUGUGCAUACAGACUUUUGACUGAUAUUACCCCCAGCCCACCUGACUGUCAGCAGUCCGUCACGUGCUUUCCUGACAGACAACACUGUACAGUGACGAACUUUGCAGAUAAUAAGUUAUAAGUCUGUUGGAUUUUGCUGUUUGGGGAAAUGCAUUUGCAAGAUCACCUGCAGCAACUCAUUCAAAAUGUGAGCCUUAUUUGCUUAUUCAAGGUGUGCAGCUGUAGUGUUGAAACCAUUCCCCAGUUGAGGCUGAUGUGUUUAAAUGAACAGUGAACAUAAGGGUUCAAAAAACUCCUAUCUGCUGUUAUCCUGGUAAGAUACACUACAGGCCAAAAGUUUGGAAGUAAGAUCAGAUUUGUACAAAAAAGACCAUAGUUUCAUAUAAUUUGCAACACAUUAAACAUGACUUUUGUUUAAAGAGUAACUUAUCAGAAGAUAUUUUGACUAUAAUUAUUAGGUGUUUGAGUUAUUGUUGCUUAGACUUUGCUUUCUUUAAAGUAACCUCCUCUGGCUUUAACAACAGCUUGGCAUAUACCAGGCAUUUAUCCCCCAAGUUUAUUUAAGGUAUGUUCCAGGGAUAGCAUUCCAAGCUUUCUUAAGUUCAUUAAAAAGAGGCUGCUGAUUCGUGGGACGCGUUUUUCUGACCGAUCGAUCCAAGUCAUCCCACACAAGCUCAAUUGGAGAAAGGUCUGGAGACUUAGGGGGCCAAACCAUCUUUUGAAGAACACCUUCCUCUUCUUUUUUAUCUAGGUAACCUCGACAGAGCUUGGCAGAGUGCUUAGGGUCAUUGUCUUGCUGCAAAACAAACUUGUGACUCACAAGUCUUAGUCCAGAUGGAGCAGCAUGGUGCUGGAGGAUGGAUUGGUGCUGUUCCUUCUUCAUCAUACCCUUUACUUCAAACAAAUCUCCUACUCCAUCACCUGCAAAACAUCCCCAUACCAUGGAACUACCACCUCCAUGCUGAAUUGUGGGUGUAACACAUGGUGCUUUCAGACGUUCACCAGUUUGUCUGUGGACAUAGACUCUGCGUUUUGAACCAAACAGUGCAAACUUGUUUCUAGUCAUCAUAAGUCAAAUUUUUGUGAGCUUUUGCCCACUCAUAUCUCUUUUUAUUGUUCUGUGGACGAAAUAGUGUUUUUUUUGCAGAUACACAACCCUUCAGACCAGCCUUUCUCAAACGUCAUUUCACAGUUGUAAGAGAUAUGGGUUUAGACCUUGUCGUGUUGAUUUCCUCCCUUAUUUGUGGUGCUGUCUAUUGCAGAUCACUCUUACUGGUGAAAAUGCUUUGUUUAUCCUCUUCUUCUGUAGUAACUCUCUUUCAUCCAGGUCUUUUUCUAUCUAACUUCCAGGUUCCUCUAGUCUCUUCAGAGUGUAGUGGACUCCUUUGUUAAACACCUUUAGGUGUUUUGCAAUUUCUCUUUCUGUGUAUCCUAUUUGUGGUAGUUUGAACGCAGUUGAGAUUAAUUAGGAUUUUUGUAUGCAAACUCUCAAAAGCCAAAAAGUUGAAGUGAAUAAUCCAACUGUGAUUUUUAUUUUUAUUUUUGCUUUUGCACUGAAGUUGUGACUCUUGCAAAUGAGAAACUAAAUAAAACUAAGCCCUUAUUAUCUUUUGCUGACAUAUAUUUAGCAAUGGUGUGUUAACAUCAAUGUAUAUCUAAAGGUAAAUGGAGUAAAAUGGUGCAUUUCCAUGAACGCAACAUCUGAUCAUGGAGUAAAUGCAUCGCUAUAAAACUCAUGCUGGAUUUUAAAAAAAAGCAUUGUGAACAAACUAGGAAGUUACUCCCAACUGUUCGGCCUUUAAUGGCCGUGCUUCCAAACUUUUGGCCUCUAGUGUAGUUUCAUAUUUUGUACUUGAAAAAGAAGUUUAUGUGUGGUGUAGUUUAUGCUGACUUGUAGGCAAGAAAUACCAGAAUAAUGUGAGCAAAGAUAAGUGAUUUUUUUCUUUCUCAUGAGACCUUGGGGAACCCACAGAGCUAACUGUGGCUCUAAAAGUGUGUCAACAGUGAAAGGAAACAUGUUGACAAAGGACUGCAAACAGAGAAGUUAGAACACACGCUAUGUAACAGAUUAUCUAAUGGCUCUAUUUGUCAUGUACUCAUCUAUCUGUUUACACUGCCAUGGGUAAAAGUUAUUGUGUAGGUCUUACUGAACAACAUAAGCCACUAUCAAUAGUGGCACGCCAGUAGCAUAUCGCUUCGCCGCUAAAACAUCAUGCAUCUUCAUAAACACUGUGGCUAUGUUUGCACUGCAGGUUUUGAUGCACAACUCAGACUUUUUGUUAAUCCGAUCUUUUUGUGCGGUCGUUAAUUUUACAACAACGAAUGCGGAAUCUAAUGUGAACGGAAUGCAUCCGUGAAGUGACCCGCAUGUGCACAAAGCACCAAUUGCUUUCCGCGCCUGUUUGUGUCGUCGAACAAUGGUGAUGUUUGUCGCAUAUUGAUGAUGUAAAGGUCGGAUGAACGCAACCUGAGCGUCCACACUGCAGUCACAUCGGAUACAUAUCUGAUUUAUAUCCACAUACAAAAGAGGCCUGGGUCGGAUUUGAAAAGAUCAGAAUUGCACUGUACACACUUACAUGAAAAAAAUCAGAUAUGUGUCACAUAUGGUUAAAAAAUCUGAAUUAACCUGUUGUGUGAACAUAGCCUCUGUCUGUAACUUUGUGCUGAUUGGCCUGACAUGGAAAAAAAAUGCCAUGACUAUUAUAACAGAGAGAGAAGUUGCCAAAAGAUGGUCACAUUUUGUUGUGUUGAAUAAUCCCCUCUCUGUGAGGGCCCAAAAAUGCUUAAAAAUUAGAUUUACAAGAAGCUGUCAAAGUGAUGAAGUGCUUUGAUCCUCUGAGUAUUUAACUGAUUGAGUUAGCCACAAUCUGACGUUCCUUUUUUAUUUAUAAAUCGCUGCUCAAUUUAGAUUUUAGGAUACAGGAUUUAAUUUAUGGAGGCCUAUAUGACGUAUAUAACUGUGUUGGAUGCUGUGUCAUAAUCUGUUGGAAAAGUGUCAUAUCACACCACCUGUGAAGGAUGUUCUCCAGGCACAGUGUAGACCAAAUGCUUGACAGAAAAAUGUGAAGACUGUCACAGCACUGGCAAUGUGAGGAAUAAGCUUUCUAAAAAUUUCAAACAGCAAUAACUCUGCAUGACUAAUGGCAAAGUCCUACGUGCUUGUGUAUUGCACCAUUGGCAGGUCAGAGGUCAGAGUCAGAUUUAGAUGAGCUCUCCUAAAGCAAAUCACUGAGUUCCUGAUUCAGAAAAGAACUGUGCAUCCUAAAACUGUGCAAGUAAGGUAGAAAGACAGAGCAUCUGAUUUACAAAGUGCACACAAAGGGUUAGAUGCUACCCUGGCUGGGCAUCUGAAUGAGCUGCUCUUGCUGGUGUUUCAAUGGAGGAAGAUUUAUUGGACUGUGAACAGAUUUAAGCUCUGCAUGGGGGAGAGUGCACAGCAUUAUGUAGUAGAGAGUGACACAAAAUAAAAACAUGGAAGAACUGAACUUUAGGCUUUAACGUCAUUCCUAGGGCUGGGCAAUAUGACCUCAAAUCAAUAUGAUAUAUUGAGCAGUUCACCACGAUAACCAUAAAUGGACGAUAACACCCCCCCCCCAUUGUUUUCAUUUUCAUGUGCUGAUGUUCUGUACUUUGCAACUGUUGUCAAAGCACUUUGUAAACUUCUGUUUUUAAAAGUGCUGUACAAAUAAAGUUAUUAUUAUUAUUAUUAUUAUUAUUAUUAUUAUUAUUAUCUACUUCAGCCGCUCCAGCCGCUAUGACUUUUGAACCGUCCUCCAUCUCCUCACCUGUCUUUCUCUCUUUGUUACGAAGUGGAUGGGGUGAAGUCACGUCUCCGAUGUAGGACAGCAUCUGAAAGGGAUAUGAGACCAUAGCCUACCUACACACAUCCAAAACCACCUUUUAUUUAUUUAUUUGACACUGAAUGUAUUGACAUAAGCAAAAUGAAGUUGGUUAUUGUCAUAAAUUUAGCUAUUGGUAAAUUUUCGGUUUUAUCGCCCAGCCCUAAUCAUCACUGCAGCAUGUUAUGUAAAUUGGACUUCUCAUUUUAAGAGCUAUUUAGGGAUUGCAGUGUACUUUGCUGUAACCCUUGCUUUGCUCGUCACAGUUUGAUGAACACUGCAAAAAGUCUUUGCUGCAUUAUAAAGGUGUAGUUUGGGACAAGUAACUGUUGAAAACUCUUUAAGCCAAGAUUUCAUGGUGCUUUUUGAAGGUGGAAUCCUGAUCUACUUCUCCUACUCAGUGGACAGAUGUUGUGUCUGGUGCUGCUGUCAAUCUGAGAUUAUUCAGUGUCACCAAAGAGUCUGACUGGGGAUUAGUUUGUAUAGCAUUUAACACACCCUCUAAAAUGUUGAAAUUAGGAAUAUGAGCCACUGAGUUGAAAUGAUGUGUUGUGGUGAGGAAGAAAAUUCCCCUCUGGUCAGAGCCAUUGCAUUGGAAGUGAAAAUCUCUCUUUGUGUGGUUUAAAGUAUCUUCCAUCGAGUGUUCUUGGUUUUCCUUUCUGGAUUCUUCAAUUUAUUAUUUUCACGAGCUGCAGCAGCCAAGUUUUUGUCUAAUACAAGACACUGCAAAAAGCCCAUCUUAUGUCUCUGCGCUGGUAGAGUUCACUAAAAAUUGAGACUUUUCCUCACAGAAGAAACUUUAAAAUUAAGUUUUUGCAGAUGAACAGUUGGGGGAAUCCCAGUACAAACACAGUCAAAAAGAAAAUGUCAGUUGUUCUGUUGUUUGUGUUUGUUUCAGGGAAAGUCAGCGCCCUGGUAAAAGGGUUUGGUGUCAGUCUGACAUAAAUGGGUUUCGUGUGUGUCAGAUAAACAAAAGCCUGACUCAUGUUAAUGCAACUUUAUUUGGAUCAGGAAAGAGAAAUGUCUCACUGUCGCACCUACUCGAGCUGCCUCAGCUUUAUUUUGUGCUGAUGAUGGAAAGCAAGUUUCACAAAUCAGCAAACAGUUUUCCACUGUUGGUCCAACCUUCAUACUCAUACAGAAACUCAUCUGACAGGGCCGGCAUUUAAACUCCAUCUACUGGCUUUUCAUAAUCGGAGUUAAAACACCAAUUAGGUGUCAGAUACCAGCACCAGUCUGGAUGUAUUGGUGGUCUUUUUUUGAGAAAUCCUACUCCUGUUUUGUUUGUUGUGAUUGGCUGCCUGAGAAAAAUCAUCACCUAAACUCCUCCAAAGGUUUAGGGAAUAGUAUUUCUCUGGUCUGGCAGAUUAACAUCAUUAAGUUUUCUACUUCCAAUCCUAGUUUUCCUAAACUCUGACAGAGAUAUAAGUAUAAGCCAAACAAUCUGGCCCAGUUAGCUGUGAAACAUUUUUGAAGCUGGAAGGGAGGUCUGAGUGUUUUUGCAGGACUCAUGACCUCAGUAUUUUUUAAAACCAUGGCUACAGCUUCAGUCUGGGUUUCUAUACAUGACCUAAAGAACAACGAUGGAAAUGAAAUAAAAGCAGCAGCAGAAGUUGAAUAAUAUUUAACUAACUGAAUAAAUAAAUGUAACAGGAGUUUUGUUCAUCGACUGAUUGCCAAAAGUCAUUUUUCUGGACAUAAAAAAGUGAUGACUUUGACAGUACAAGCUGCUAUGAUGUGAGGGUUUGCUUGUUCUUCUGUCUUUCUCAUUGACUGUGUAAAAGAAGUGGAUGUAGUGUCAUGGCUUUAUGGUGCUUUAAACUUGAAAUGUCACUGAUAGCCUGCAGGGGGCGACUCCCCUGGUUGGAAAACGGAAGCACUGUUGCACCAAAGCAGAAAAAGAAAACACCCUUUCCUGUCAUCUGAGAUAUAACGUCAAAAAAUUGAAAGUAGUUCUUGGUUUCGACAGCUGUUUUCUGCCUAAACAGUUCUGGGGACUUUUUGGAGAGGAGCUAACCCCUCGGGAGUCCCCCGAGAACUUCAUACCAUGGGGACUUUUUUAGGUUUGCAUUUGCACCGUCAUGGUGAUGGCUGAUAGGAACCUCUUGGUAAUGUAAACUGGAGGAACAGUUGGUGGAGGAAGUGGCUUACAUAGUAAAACUGAAAAUAUGGAGGAUGGUUUGGUGGGAGUUGUGUGUUUGUUGUGUGUGAUUGGGUUUAUAGAGUAGAGUUUAAUGCUUCGCCUAAGUCAAAACCGCGUGGCAUCUCCUUUGUUGCAAAAACACUCGGUGAAGCCUGGACUUCAUUGUCACAGAAACUAGGGGUUGAAGAAGCUGUAAUAACCCACUGGGGCUGCAGCUAUCUAAUUGGAUAAAACAAAAAUUUCAUUAGUUAAAGUGCAAUUAUUAAUAUACAAGAGAAAAUAAAACAUUUAACUUAAUAAUGAACAAUCAAUUGUUUUUCUUUUUUAGAAACAAAGAAAUGUGUGGUAGCGGAUUUCAAAGCUUGUAAGAAAGCUAAUUAUGAAACUUUAAUCAUGUCCGUAAAGACAUUAAUGUCCGAGAGCUGAAUCGCUCCUAUGUUACCUGCUUCUGCUACUACACCAGCAAUGUUAUGCUGCAAGCUAGCAUGAAGAGGAGUGUGCAGAGCAGCGCUGUCUCCGCCCACAACUCAGAGGUGAAUUGCUUAUGAGCUACUGGAGCUCCAUAGAAGGAAAGUCUCUCAUAAUUUAUUUUUUUAGUUCAGCAAAACCAAAACCGCAUUUACUCCUCCUUCUACUGUGGUGACGUAAGCGCAUUGUGUCACCUUGAAUUUGUAUGUGCGAAACAGUGACGAUUUGAGCUUAUAAACUAGUACUCGAAGUAGAGAAAAUUCCUUGAUCAUUUUUUGUAAUCAAGGUACUCAAGGAAUCGUUCAGCCCUAGAACACACAGUUAAAAAUGUAGUUAAAAAUGGGGCACUACUUUGGCCUAGUGGCUCCAUAUACACUCCUGAUGGGGUCCAAUUCCAGCCUGCGGCCCACCCCCCUCUCCCUUUUCCUUCUGGAACAAUCUACUGUCCUGUCUUCUCAAUGCACCCUCAGAAAAGACCUCCAAAAAUGCAUCUGACAAAAGAAAUAAUUGAUGGAGGACAAUUCAAAAAGGUCAUGUACAAUAGGCUCCAAUGUCACCACCUACCUGCUGCAGGUACCGUGUUGUCCUGUGGGAAAUGUCUGAAUUUUUGUCUCCACUUCCUGAUGUUUUAAAGACCAAAAACUUUGUUUUUUGAUUUAGAAAGUCUGUGGCAAAUAUAUUAUAAGUUUGAAUCCCCCAGAGAGCUCUUAAUUGAAUUCCCCUUUGGCGAUAAAUGAAGUUCUUCUAAUUCUUAUUCUUGUCUUUGUUUCUGUGGAUUAUCAAAAGAAGAAGCCGUGGUGCUGGCAGAAACCUCAGCAGGGAUAUUUUAAAGUCUAAGAAGGUAACGCUUUGUCGUAUAUAUACCUCAGCCUCUAAGUGGCAAAAUAUGUCUCUUCUUAAUUUGGAUGAACUGCUUUUAACUUUACAAACUGGCCCACUCAACCUUAAGUGGCUGCAGUCUGUUUGCCUUUUGGAGAACUCUGAACCUUCAUGUUAUAUAAGUUCAGGUCACAUCAGUUAAAGCAGCAGAGAGUCAACAGGCCUUACAGUUCAUAUGAGGAGUAUGAGACACAGCUGAUCACAUGAGUCAACUUCCACUUUGGCUCCAGUUCAUCUCUGAGAUUUACAUUCAUGGUUCAUUAGCAGCUUCUCACUCAAUUAGAGAAUUAGUUUGCCCGUGCUUUUUUACUGUAAAUGUUUUUUGCAGACUCAGAGCCGCUCUCAGACUUAUAGAUGAGUCAGAACGUGGAAAUCCCUCCCUUCCUGCACAUGCACAAACACGCUGCGUCUUUGACUGUGACGGCCCCCUUUAUCACGCAGCCCACCGUGGGAAACAUCUCGUACUUUAAGGUUCAUUGCAUACAUCGAUUAUAAAAGAUGACUUACAAUGUGUGAUAUCAUCUAUCAGCAGAAUAUGAGCAAGGGGUCGGCAUGCAGACCUGGCAUCCAGUGUAAACACAUGCCAGGCAAACGAGUGCAGAGUUUACUUUGGCUGCUGAGCAGUUCCAGUGUGGUUUCACAUGUGGCUAGACGAGGAGGGGUGGAAGCAGGCAGAGGAAACUUAGAUGCUUGUCUAACAUUUCCGCUCAAUCAUAACCGUGAUCAUGUUACCAUAACACACACAAGACUCUUUGCUCAGGCGCCACUCAUCGCCAUGCUUUGAUGUAACGGUCUGAGGAGAAGGUAAUAACAAAAAAGUUGAGAGUGUUCCCAAAAUCUUGUUGACAUUUUGCAUGAUUGGUAUGAUAAUGCAGCCAAACACUCAGCCAGUCAGUCUGCACGGAGCAGUGUGCAGAGUGGACACUGUAGCUGCUGCUAAUUGUGUUUUUCUGAGGUACAUUUGGCUUUGAGGCUUGGCCCACUUUUUCAAUUAUGGCCUCUGUACAUUAUGAGGGUAAUAUAGGCAGGAAUUAAAAUGCAGCUCUAGCCUGAAAAUAUUAAAAGGUCGGUCAGCUUAGUGAGACUUUAUAGAGACAGAAUCCUUUUGUGCAGGUUUUGGCGGUUCUGACAAAAUCACAAAGCCCAUCAGCUGAUUUAUCUUGAUUUAAUAAAAAUGUUAAAGUCACAUUUCCCUCUGGCUUACCUAAAAAAAAGAAAAAAAAGUUAUUUUUUAGGUAUACCUGGGCUUUAAGCAUUUGAUUCAAUCCUGUCUGUUAAGUGCUGCCCAAAGAUGUCAUGAGUGGAGCGCUGAAGAACAAGGAAAGUGCAUCUCCUGUCUGAAUAAUGAAUGGAGACCAUAUUGUGGAUGGAAAAAAGGAGGAUGUGGUUCAGUAAUAGUCUGGUUGAACAUUUCUUUCUCUGCUAAAUUGUUGCUCUUGCCCGACUCUUGUUUCCAAGAAAAGUUAAUGAAAAUUACAUGUGAAGCCUAAUGAGUGACUUUUACAGGAUUUGUAGGCUGCAGGCAUGUUAUUACAUUAGGCCGCCCCUUUGAGCAUUUGAAUAGUUUCUGGCUUUGUUCCAUUUUGUUUAGCUGUGCGCGCGGUAAAAGUUUGUCAUUUUGCGGUAACAUCACAAGAGGCUGGUGGGAGUGGAGUGGACUGGAUCUGUCAUUUCACUCAGUGUAAUGAUGCAUUUAUGGUACAUCAUAAGUCUCUGCUAAAAAAGUGAAGUCAUACAGUUUUAAUGUGGAGUACAUUGAAUGUACCCACCUUUUAUUUGUACCGCUGAGUUGCCCUUGAGCAAAGCCCUGAACCCCAGACUUGCAGCCAACACAAGACAGCAUUGAAGUUUUUCAGGACCAUUUUAACUGACUUAAAUUACGUUCUUAUAAAUCUACAUUUGUGUUUUUUUUUCAGAUCAUUUUUGUUUAUUUCAGAACUUUGUGUCACCAAAAACUUUUAGUAGAGCUGCCCCACUUACAGACAUUGAUUUACCAGUUGUGCAUAUCUUUUUAGAAUUGAUUUAAAUUGCACUACCACUUCACUUAUAAAUGGUGCAUUUCCCACAAUAAACUCCCAGAGAGCUCAGCUGAAAAGUCAAAAGCAAUAUGCACUUUGUGCCAAACAGAUUUAGAAUACCACUAAAGUUCUGUGUGUUUAAACUACCGUCUUGGAGUCAAGCAUACAGGUGAAGCCCAUCAGACUGAGAGUGCUGUUUUAGAGUGAGUGGAGCACAUAAAUGAAACACAACUUACGACAUUAACUACUUUGCUAUAUGGGUUGUUGUGCUGUAACUACUUAUAAGCCUUAUUGUAUGGAACAAUGGUGUUGUGUACUGAUGCUGUUUUAAAGAGAGGAGAAAGCUUAAGUGGAAGUCCUUAAGAAUGAGGUGAUUUGAUUCCAUAAACAAGACACUUAUGAGAAAUAAGAUGAUUAUAUGAACUUAUAAAACAAUUUUGAAAUAUAAAAAAAUGAAUUUUUGAAACCUGUGAAAAAAUGUGAUUAAUCAGGGAUGAACAAUUUUGGAUUUUUACUGAUAUCAGAUAUACUGAUAUUUUGAAACCCAUCUUUAGAUUGCACUGUUAAACACAUUAUUUCUGUCUGUUGGUUUUAGAAACAGAAAUAAAACAAGACAAACAUCUGAUUCUUUAAAGAUACUUUAAAGAUACCCCUGUGGUUUUAAAAUUCAGCAAUUCAUCUAGAUGGAAAUUCAAUACUUCAAAUUCAGCCACUGUAAAACAAAUAUUAGAGGAAUUAAAACAAUUGAUUUCUCCUUUGGUUUUUAUUGGUUUGGAAGUAAGUAACUUCCCUGUAAUAUGUAAGUUUUAUACUCAAUGUGUAUUAUGUUUUCAAGUUUUAAUAGAAAAUAAAUGAUUAUGUAUAUGGGCUUUGGAAAACACUUCUUUAGCAUUGGUACUAGACAAUGAAAGAUUACUACUGUAUACGCUUCACUACAAGUGAUGUAAGUCUAACACAUCAGUCCUGAACUUUCUACCCUGGUUUUAUUGAAGUUUAGGACAGCAGGGUUUUACAGCUUUGGGUUUAAAAAGAGGAUAAAUAUAGUAUUUAUCAAAAAUGUUGGGUGUAGAUUAAUUAAAAUGUUAUUCCGUUCAUUUCUUGAAGAACAACGGGGCAGGUUAGUUCCUGGUUUAAUGUUUUGUCCUAUUCAAAGACGUAUUUAUGUCGACCAGAUGAAAUUAGUCAAUUAGUGUCAGACGCUGGGGAAAAUAAGUCAUUUUGAGCCUGUGUGUGUUUAUUCUGUCUGAGACAGGCUUGUGAAUCUGAAACCCAGGCCCACGCCUUGUCAUUCCUCUGCGGUCCCUCCCACCCCGGCGGUGGGUGCUGCACGUGCAGCAGAGCCAGCAGAGAGGCGUUCACUUUCAUCCCCUGUCAUUUGGCUCGUUCCCAGAUCUCCUGUCUAACCACGGCUCAUUUCUUGGCUGGUCCCGCCCACUGUCCCCGCAGCCUCCCAUCCCUCUGCGUAUCUGUCUUGCAAACACAUUUGUGUGUCUCCCUCUCUUCAUCCCACAGCUAUGAUUUAGGCGUCAGGGCUGCUCCCACUCCCUCCCCAGGCCUGGAUCGAGUUACCCUGCCAUUACUCAGUCGUUCCCCCUGCGAGGGUGCUCCAUGUCAGGCAUAGUGGAGCCUGCCUGCCUGCUCGCUGCCUGCCUCAUCGGACCUGCGGACUAGCACGGUUCGACCACAGACGCCCCUGGUCAGUGGAGUCUCUCCAGCUAUGGCACAGACUGCCUGGAAAAUUAUGCAGACGAACGAGCGGCAGGGAGUGGGGUUAGCUGCACUCUGGAUCUGUAUUUUCAAUCUCAUGUGGGGUGAAGGAAACUCAAGCAUAUAUGUGCUGCCUUCAGGAACCACAGGUUAAAUUGGAGAUCUUUUUGUUGUUGUUUUCGCCCUCACUCUUACACCACAAACUUUACUGUGAGCAGCACAACAAGGCCCAGCCCUGCCAUGCGUCACAACUUGACUGGUGAUUUGUGGACCUCAUCGUUUUAUGGUUAUGUAAUGUCGGUUUUCCUGACAAGUAAAACCUCUUGUUAAACCCCACGCCGCCCUGUUCCCAUAAAAGUGAGUGAUGCAGGCAGCAUUCGAGGGCCGCACCAUCCAGUUAACGGUGGUCUCUCUUCCUACAGGACGCAGGACAGGUUCUUGUCCAGCUAGCUUAGCCAAAGUAUGACACUGCAGAAAUUUUUACCAUCCAAGCUAUUGCCUGAUGAAUGCUUGCUGAGUAAAACCAUUGAAUCCUAUUGGUCUAAUUUAUGAGAGUAAGUGAGCGAUGGUGUACCUGUGCCCCUGCCCACGCCCUUUCAUAGAGUGUAAAGUUUUAUUGAGGCUACAGCAUCCUCCUUCUCCUAUUAAGCCUGUUGUGCACUCUACUGGAGCCAUAACUCCCCUUCUUGCUAUCGCCAAGCCUUCAGCUCCUCAGUAAUUUAUUUAGAGUCUGACAUAUGGCUGUCCUGCACCAUGCGAGGUAACAUAUCGCACAGGAAGGCCCGCUCAGGCUAGGCUAAUCCUUUCUAAUUGAAAGGGAGGCAGCGUCGUGGGCCAGUGGCUUGUAUGUCGCUCAUCUCUCUCUGCUUGUUUUACAGUAAUGAGACAUCUGGGGCCGCAGAACAGAGCUGUUUGUAGAGGCAGGAACGACUCCAGAGCCUGAGGGCCUGUGAGGGCUGUCACAGACGAAACAACAGAGCUGACUGCAUGUUUGCUUGUGUCUGCAUGUUGGCAUCUUACUUUGACUUGGCAUAGACUCACCGGCCAUGCUAAUGUUAGAUGAGAUUUAUUUCACUGGCAAGGAUAAUAUAUUUGGGAUAUUUAGGACAAGGGUAUGGCUAUUUAAGGGUGAGGGAGGAUGUCUUUGCCCAGAAGAGGGAGUCUUAUUUUUGGCCGACAUUCCCUACUUCUCUUGUCUGUGUCUGGAACGCUUUUUAAAACUACAACUAGAAGUUCAUCUGAGGGUUUUAUAGUUGAGAGGAUUUGAUGUUAUGUCUCAGUUAAUGUGUUUGAAUCUGUUCAAGUUUGUGAAGAUAAAAACAGGCAGGUUAGUGUAGAAUUAGUUAUUUAGUGGAUUAUUAGUUCUGGUUUAUUGGGCCUUGUUUAAACCAUGACAAAGGUUUAUCACAAUUAGGGCUGCAAAAAUGAGUUGAUGUCGACAAAAAUCGAUAAUGAAAAAUGUCAACAAUGAAUUCCAUUAUCAACUAUUGUCACCAGAUGUGUUUUUUUUUUACAGUGGAGUGAGGAACCUUACUUCAUUACGAUCAGAGUUACACUUGCGCAAUAGCACCUCCGCCGAGCAGUAGGGUAUUCAAACGAGCUGACUAUUAAAAUAGUCGUUAGUUGCAGCCCUAGUCACAAUGCAGUUUUUCCUUUCUUACACGUAACCAAACAGUGAAUGGAAAAUGAAACCCUGUUGAGGGCUUUCAGGCACUUGUAUUUUUGGGCUGCUUUAGCUCAGCUGCAGACUUAUUAUUUUGAGAUUUGUUGUCGGUGCACUUAAACUUUUUCUUAAAUCUACAAGGUUGUCAACAGAGAAAGCAAGAGCAACAGCAUUACAAGCUGCAAACUCCUCGAACCAAGUCCCAAAAUGACAACAAACCACAAACCGGACCAGUUAGAGCCAAGAAAGGAUGGUGGACUGAGGGCAGCCUAACACCACACAGCUUGAAGCAGGGUCGCCUGGCUUGGGUCCUCUGAUGCUCUCUGCUUCAAAAAUGACUAUAAGAGGAGUCUGCUAAACUUGUUAUGACCAAGACUUGGAGGUGGUUAAACUGGUGGCAACCUUAGAUAUCAUUAUUCCCCAAACUGUGGUUCAUGGUUCAGUUCAUGAUGACUGUAGCAGAUUUCUGACUCUUUAAAGGGAGCUUUUCUUUGCCACUGCUGCCAGAUGUUGCCAAGUGCUUUGUCAUGGUGGGUUCAUGUUUGGUCCAUCAAAGUAUUACACAUUAAUUAAACAGUAUCUUCAGGUUUAUGCUUGGACUUCCAUGACUCUAUUAGAGGAAGCAGGUUCAAAUUAAACAUUUGAACCUGGAGGGUUAUGGCUUCUGGUUUUAAGGUGCAGUGUCCAGAUUUGGAAACAUUGAGCAAUAUCUAGCAGGCCGAUUCUGUAUUGUAAUGCUCCUUUGCUCACUCCCUUCAUCUCAGUGAUGGUGGUCUUUUGGAACCAGAAGCACCUGUAAAGCGUGAAGAGUACGAUCCUUCAGUUUUUUUUUAAUCUUAUAUCGUCAAUACAACUUCUUUUGCACACAACUACUUUUUCUUCUUUAUCUUCCAACAAGCUCCUAAAUCAGACAUAAACAAACGUGACCACGCCCGUUACCACCUGCAUGCAAACUCACACAAGGCUAUUGGCGCUACCCAUCAAUGCUGUUAUCACGCCAUAAUCAAGUUUUAAGAGAAAGCUCCUCAGUUAAAGUGACAUGCAUGAGGGUCUGACAGUGCCUAACACUAAGGGUGGAAGAAAAAAUUGAUACAGCAUAGUAUCACGAUAUUUGAUAUAUCAAAUAUCAUUUACCAAAUAUUGAUUUUUCAAAUUAUUUGCUAAUUUGGAGUCAAAUCUAUGAUAAUGUAAAAGAAAAAUCAACUGUUUGUCCAGGGAGGUUGGCAGAGGUGACGUCAUAGAGCAGGAGAAAGUUAGUGCAACAAAUAUAUAAAAGGUUUGCAUGAUGUGCCACAUAAAAAUAAAAUACUGUAUAAAUAAGACAAACACAAAGGAAAGCCAAAUGCAAAAUUAGCUAAACAGUAGAAAAAUUUGUAUAAAUCGCAAUAUAUUGUAUCCCAAUACUCACUGUAUUGCAAAAUGUUAAAGAUCGCAAUAAUAUUGUUUUGUGGCCCAAGUAUCGUGAUAAUAUCGUAUUGUGGGGUCACUGGUGAUUCCCACCCCUAUCAAUGCUACUGUAGGCUUAAGUUCUGCACUCUUAACUUUGCACAGUUGAAAUAACACACUGUUUUUUUCUGUUGUGCAUUAAUCCAACAGUCACUGCAGAUGUUAGAGGUCUCUUAGUUUUAACAGUCAGUCUCAUAGUAGCUGAAAAUGUAGAUAAAGUGUAACUUCAAUAAAAAGCUCUUCUUCUUUCCCUUGUAUCUUAGGUAUGUAAGUAGAGGAUAUUUUGGGCAAUAAUACUUGAGCUGAUACUGGCACUGUUGGCUGUCUGAAUGGUAGGAUGACCCAGUUCCCUUCAAACUUCUUCUUUGGGUCUUUAAUAUUGCCUUUUGAUUGUGUCAUCAGCCGUCCUACGAGAUGUCUUUAGAGCUGUUUCUCUACAUUUUUUACAGAAGCACUGUAGCUGGAAUGAAUAAUAUCUUUAGCCAGCUUCCACAUAUGAACAGCUAGCUUUGGCUCUUUUAUGAAAAAUACUGUUAUUAUGGUCUACAUGGUUGGAUUAUGAACCUGAACUACCAAAAGACUAUCGUGUUAGUGCAUUAUUUACACCCACGAGCUUGAGCAUUUCCGCAGAGAGAUGUAUAACCUCUUGUUGUCCAGGUUGAGUGCAGGGUUCGCGCAGUUGCUCUGAGUGUUACUUGUAUUUUCUCAGCUUUUUGGUAAUGCUGCCUUGUUUAUAUGCAGCCUUACUGGCCUUGUUUUGCCCUCUUUUCACCCUGUAAUACGGACCUUGCAGUGUUAAGGCAGGUCUGCAGCUACACUCCAGAUCCAGUUGGACACGCUAAGCCCUCUACAGCUCACCAGAGACCUUUAAAUUACUGCUUUUCAUGAGCAGAAAAGCACCUCACAUGUUUGAGGAGACUUUUUUCUCCUUGUUUGUCGUUAUUCUCCUCGCUCUCUGCAGCAAAUACACACACUUAAAGGGUUCGCACAUUUGAUAUCUUUGCUGAUGCUGUCUUUGCUGUUGAAAGUAGAAAUAAAAUACUCACGUGUCAGCACAGCACCAGAAUCACUGCAUGUUUUAUCCCACUAAGGGAAAUAUACCCUCACAUUUCAGAGGUAUGAAACUGACUAACCUUGGCAGAGAUACUUGAAGGGCUUAAGGUUAAUACUAAACUGCUGUAAUCCAUGAUUUUGUUGGUUUGAGAGCAGAGAUAGCAACGGUUCAGCAUGUACCUGUCAGUACUAAAUGAUUGCUUAUUUCCUGCCAGAGAGAAGGAGUGGAGGGGGGGUGGCGAGGUGGAGUAAUAGCAAGCAGCUGCCUGAGCUGGACCUUACCUCUCCUUUCUGCCGCUCUGCCAAAACACCUACUUUUUCUUGUGUUCUGCACAGCCUGUUCAUGAUACCGGCCUCUGUAGGUGGCGUGUAAUCAGGAUGAAGUACCAAAAAAAGCUUGAUCCACCUUGAUGAGUGCUAACUUCCUGUGAGGCGAUGUUGGGAGUAAGAAUUAUGGGCAAAUGAAAAGCGUUAUUGUUUGUCCGACUCACUUACUCACUCACUCACUCGACGCCCACUGCUUAUGACAAUCCUUUUUAUUCUUCCUACUGCGGCUUUCUUUUGUGAUUAGCUAAAUGCUUCAUCGAUCCGCCAAGUUGAGGCACCCGGAGCGAGGGAAGCCAUAUUUAUCAAACGGUGAGAGGAGAGCACAGGAUGUUGCACCGGCUGUCCCUCUUUCAUUGGAAAACGAUAAACAUAAAUCUGUGGAAUGCGUCCGUGUGAUAUAAGUCUACCCCGGACUGUAAAGGAGGAGGAGGAGGAGGAAGAAGAAGGGGUUUAGGCCCUGAUCUUCUCCGCUUCCCUCAGGCAGAAGCAUUGGAGAGCCUCAGCUCUAUGGGGUUUGCUGACAUUUGAAGAAAAAAAAAAGCCCACCUUCAGCAAAGGCACACUUGCAAAUCAGUGUCACAAGUGCAGGAUUGGUGCUUUAGAAUAAGAGCGAGAAUGUGAGAGCUUCUGAGGAGGCCCCUUCAGCAAUGCAGAGGGACUCUGCACAGGGCAAGCCUUCUCCCCGUGAAUCACAGCUAAUUAACGAAGUAAUUAAGAUCAGAAUCUCCGCUCUGAGAAGGACUCUAAAUUGUCUAUACAUUCAAAUAGGCCAUCAAAAGGAAAUCCCUUCCAUUCAUGAAAGAGGGUAAAAUUAAAGCGUUCAGACCCUCUCCUCUCUAUUAUCCCCGUCGUGUGUCACACAAGGGACAUCUGUUGAAAAGAGCAAGCCAAUGUUAUGGUGAGUUAAAACCCUCUCCGCUCCAUCAGAAGCACUGUUCAUAAUGCAUUCGCUAUACAUAUUUCAGCCUGAGUGAAUUUAUUUCAAUAAAUAAUGUCACUCCAAGGACACGCUUCGAUCUUUCCAUGGCAGCCGCGCUGACUGUAAGCCACACCGUAUUGUUAUCUCAUUCCUCUUGUGGGAAAUGAUAGAUUAACAAACAGUUUAGAAGCAGGACACUGAGCAUGUCCACACUUUUAUCAUCACUGCACAUUGCCAAAAUAGCCUCUCUGUAUGAUGGAUGUAUUUUCCACUUUUAUUCUGCUGCUACAAGCUGCAAGGAGAUCUACAUGUCUGCCGUAAUGUUAGGGCUUACUGGGAUCCUCAUAUAGAGGAGGUGAUUUAUGGCUGGGAUUAAGUGCAGUGGGCUUCUUUGGUUGGCAGUAUUUAGUUGGUGCUGUCCCUUUGUGGAAAUGUUGAAAGCUGUAUGUAUAAAUGUCUUGUGGGACUUUUGGGGGAGGUGCUGCUGUAUUCUCAUAUGUCAGGUAAACAGUCAGUGUCUCAGUCAGGCUGCAUCACCACAGUCACUAUUAACACCAUAUAAUACAGUUCAAAUAUGGUUUAAAUCUUCUACUGGACUCCAUUAAAGCAGGAGUGGUGGCUGGCCAUAGGGCUAAGGCUGUAUCUUUUCUUACUCAGACACUUUCAGGUCACGGUUUGUUUUCAGUGUUUCCCACACAAAGAUGAAAUCUGAUUGGGCUGCCCAAGUAUAGUUUUGGCCCCUGAGUAUAUUGACCAACCAUUUCCACAUUUUCUGUAUUUAUUAUCCAUUGGAUGACCGUACAUCCUCUUUUACCAGGACAUGUCCUCUUUUAUGGGGGCUGUUCGGCCUUGUCUGGCUUUGUCCGGGGGAGUUUAUAAAAUCCUUCAAAUGUCUGUGGUUUUGUACAGAAGUUUUGAGUUUGUGUCGCAUGGACUUACUGAGUCAGAACCCCUAAAAAAUACUAAAUCUGAUCCGAAAAACUCUCAAAAUUAACUUCGUGUGAUUCUGUGACUCUGCCCCUGCCCCCGCGUAGUCAUGUCCGCUUUUUGGGAUUCAGAAUAUGGUCACUGUAAUCAUCCACGAUAAAUGAUUUUAACCAUCUCUGCCCAAGGGCUGUUAAGUCCUAGUCAACUAGUUGACAUUGUGGUCGAUACAUGCUGAGUCAACCAAAAUUUUGAUUGGUUGACUUGACUUUUUUCAGCGUCAGUUGACAGUCUAUGGUUAAUUUCAUCAGGAGGAACAUACCAAGUGCUAAUGGGGGUGUUUUCAGAGCAUCCCUAUUGCACAGAUAACAGAACCUUGUCUUGACAAUUUUGGAUUCGCCCAACCCACUGGAAACCGGCUGGGGAUAGGAAGACUGAAGAGCGUUCACGUUAAUCAACGUCUGGUGGUUUUCUGAAUAUAAUGUUUGUGUUUAAUCGCCUUCUUGUGCUGAUAUUAGUAUAUUUUCACCCCACCAAGCCAUGCUCCCCCAAGCCGUGUCAUCCCCCAGAAGGGGCUGCCGUUAGAGUCAGACCCCCCUCCAGAUUAGUCAAUUGUUAGUUGAGCCACAAUUUCUUUGGUUGAUUACAGCCCCUUGAUCAAGAUCAAGUUGUAACAGCUUACACCAAGUCAAAGCCUCUCACACAGUUGUCAUAAAAGCUUUGUGCAGCUGGUCUCUCAGAUUAUGUUAUUUUUGUACUUUCUUAGUUUUGGAUCGCUGCAAAGAGGCACAUCAUUGAAAAGCCUUGUUCCAUACAUGAAUCACCUGCAGCGAUAACUCAAUAUCGAGGGAAAGAUUUCAAGAUAUGAAGUCAUGGCAACAAUUCCAGGGAAACACUGGUAUAGUUUUCUUUGUCCAGCUUAUUUGUAGUUUUCUUGCAACCUUGUAUAAGUAAUUCACUUAAUAAAGCGAUUCAAACCAGCUUUCUCUCUCAGAUAGCUGAUCUGGGUGCUGUCAUUUUCUGCCUGGCUUGCACAUUUUUCCUUGUUUUAUGUGGUUUGAGUGAGUAAAGUGAUCAUGCUUUUUAAAUAAUUGGCAAUAAAGGUCAAGAAUCAAAACCAGAUUGAAGAUCUACUGUGUCCGUGUUGUGGUCCACCUGCCUGGCACACUAUCAUAAGGCCCAGAUCCAAAGUUCUGUGUGUGCAUGUUUCUGUUCGGCUGGUGGGUCACAGGACAGUGCAGGAUUAGGCCUCUUACAGCAGGACUGACUGGCUGAAAAGUGUUUUCUGCUCAGGGUACAAAGCAAACCCCUGUUUCCUGAGCUGUCUUGUGCAAUUUGUGCUGAGCUCAGUGCAGAGCCAGAACAUUUCCACUUGUGUUUCACCUCAGCCUAUAAACUGUGGCGAAAGAUAGACCAGGUCAAACCGGUGAUGGGGAAAUUCAGAUGGAGUCUAUGUUAGGUUAGAGGCCGCUGGCGCUUUCUUCAGUGCUGUUCUUGGAUUGCAUUUGACCCCUGGGUCUUCACACGUCACCUUUCUGAAAGCUGAUGGAAGUAGAAAAGUGGAAGUGAUCUUUACAGAUUCUUAAAAGUCUUGUCUAAAAUUAGCCUUUGAAAAAACCUCACUAACCUAUAAAAGCCAUCAAGCUCCCUUUCAUGUUACAGUAAAAAUCAGCCACAUAACCAAAAUCACUUCCUGUUCUCUUUCCUCUCAGGCAGGAAGGGGUUACUCUCCAUGUUUCCUGUCCUAUUCCCCUGAGCUCCGGCUACGUUCUGAUUGCUUUCUUGAUGUUAAACAUUCCCAGGCUCCUAUAACCUUCUAGUUUGCCUCUGCUGUCCAAGAGCCGUCCCAGGUGAACGAGUGGGCGAACCUCCUGUUUUUUAAGGAUAAAAUCUCUGCGUUUUUUUCUUUUUUUCUCACAGGGGGUGGGAGAUAUGGGGACUGGAGGGGCAGGGAGCCAUGAGAUGGGAAAGCAUUCCUUCUUUGCAUUCCGUUUUGUUGGCGUAAGGCUGUGGGAAAGUAUGUUUCCUCCUGACCGUGGUUAUCUUCAGACUGUUUUUGUAAGAACGGCCUGUUAAAAAGCUGAAGAUUUAAUGAUAAAAAUGCACAAAGAUACUUUUAAAUUUAAGCAAACAGACUUCGGCUUUGCAAUAACAAAUCAUUGAGCUAAACUUGUUCUGCAAUAAAAACUGUAAAAGUUGUGAUUCAUUCUUGGCCCAAAAGAUACAACCUUUACCUUGAGCAUUACCAUUACGUUGAAUGUUAGCCGAUGACAAGGGCUGGGACUAACCUGUGUCAUUAGUCUACUUUUCAUUGAUUUUGAGAUAUUUAGCUGACAAAUCAGGGUGUAUGCACACUUGGCAUUUACACACUUAUUCACUAUCAUUAAGGUGUCAUACAGAUGUUAUAUUCCUGUACUAAAUGUGAGAUAGCCAUUCUAAUGACCUUAAGUGCAUUCUAGCAAUAAGGCAAGGGAAGAUAAUUCAGUGUUGUCUCCACAACAAGGAAAUAAGCAUUUUCAUAGCAAUAACAGCAAAAAUAUAUGUAAUCAAAUAAAGCUUUUUCGAUUACCAGUCAGUCGGGAUGGGCGAUAUGGGCUAAAAAAUUUAUCACAAUAAGAUUUGCCUUUCUGGCGAUAACGAUAAAAGUCCCUCCCAAAACAAUUAUAAUUCCAAUCUCUAUUUUUGACUUAGUUUGACUCCAACUUUCACCAGUUGGAGUAGUCAAAUAUGAUACUUAAUCACAAAUUGAGUUUUAGGUUAUGGAGAAAACUAAUGACAUCAAACAAGUCUCAAAUAUGAAAACAUUUUCAACAUUUGUUAAAAACUCUUAUUGCACAGAGUGAACAGCAGCAGAUCCACUGUUUGAUGUCAGGCAUACCUGAUUGCACUCAUCUAUGCCCAAAUCUUGUAGAAAAUCCUUCAUGUGGAGCCUCGUUCAGUAACCAGCUGCUCAGAAACGUCUUCAUUACCUUUGGUCAUGUUUGUUUGUUAUUCUGCUCUGUGUGGGCUAUGGCUGUGAGUCCGUCUCCCGCUCUUACAUCAUCAACUUGCAUUUAUCGAAUUUAUCAUGAGAUGGCAAAUAUUUAUCGUGGAGGAUUUUUCUGACAACAUAUCGUGAACGAUAAUUUAUCGCCUUUCCCUACUUGCCAGGAUACACAAAUAUUUGUUUACUGCAGACUAAAAUGAAUUGUAUGAUUGCCAAAAAAAACGUUGCAUAGGGUGCACUUUGGAUCCUUUUUUUGUCACCUGUGAAGCCAAUUGCAUGUUUAGACUGGUGUUACCAUAAACCCUAUUUAAGAUCCAAAAAAGUUCUUUAAUUCUGCGAUAAUGUUACAAUCUUACUUUCAUUUCUUAAUAACUUUUCAUAACAUUAAAUCACAAAUCUGUUUCAACAGAAUCCUGAGAUUUGGAAAGAUUUCCAUUGAGUUUUUUCCACCCCAGUGUCACAUGUAGGUGCUGAUGUUAUUGUAUUGUUUUAUAUGUAAGAUGAAGAAAACAUCCUGAUUGAAAGUAGCAAUAACUUUAUUAUUCCUGUAACAUUUGAUAGUAAACUUAGUCAGCAUGUGGGUCAUGGAAAUGAAGCGCUUACUGAUACUCUAAGAAACGAUCUCACAAUGAGCAAAAAUACCUUUGCAGUUACAGGCUGAACAUUUCUAUUGUGGAGUUCAUGGGGUUAAAGUCUGAUGAAAUAAAUAAAUAUGAGUCAGUCAUCUUGAGGAACAUUCUCCUCCAAGUCAUAUUUUCUGGAUAUGGAGGUUAGCAUUUUCCUUUCAACCGUCAUCCCCUUAUUUUUUCUUCCGUGACUCCUUCCCACUCACUUCCUCCUCUCCCGAGACACCUGAUCGACGGCUGAGUUAUGUUAUCUCGUCUGAGUCAGCCGAGCCCUCACAUCAGUCAUAAAACAAACGGGAUCCAGAUUGAACCAACAUGCCUGUGUGGAGGCUGCAGUGUGGAUGUGACCCAGGAGCAGAGCUGGGCCAAGCCGGACUAUAUUUAGCCCUGGCGAUGCUCUGGCUAAUUGCCCUCCCAGGCCUAAUCAUUUCCAGGCUCUGCAGCUCACAAACGACUGGAGGGGAGGCCAAACACCCACUAACCUCAUGUUAAAGAGAUGUCAGCAUCAAUGGGGCUGUCAGAGUGCUGCACGGACAAGACAAAUUAGCACAAUAUCCUUCCUUCUGUAUGCUAUUAGAUGCUCUGUAACCAGUUGGGUUGCAGACUCCAGUGUUGUUGCCUGCUGUAGUGUAUUUAAUUGAAUCUGUGUGCUAGCUGCAGUCUGGUAAUGUGGAGAGUCUUUGCAGCUUCCUCAACACUGAGGAGUUUGUCUUUAUUCCAUCCUUGGUUUUGAUGCAGGCUCCAGCAGAAGAGUAAAUCCCUCCACUGCCUCCCCCUACAGCCGGCUUAGCUCCACGAUGUGGGCUGAACCGGGGUUUGACAAAAGAAAUGCGUCAGAAUCUCCACCCUACUAAACUGGCCUCAGCAUAAGUGGGAAACUUUACUUUGUUGUGUUUUGUUUUCAGCCCCCUCCUCACUUUAGUUCCUGCUCGUGUCCAGUUACGCUCCUUCCUGUGAGGUUCCUGUCCCCUGGACUUGCCCAGGUUAAACCAUGGGCACAUGACGGCUCAGGUCAGGAGGGGAUGGUAGCAUGAAGAGGUUGGGUUGCCUCAAGCUUCCUUCCUGGUUUAGUUCCCAAAGGCACACUGGGAAACUGGACUUUUCCAUGGCUUUUUCCACUCUGCAACACACCUGGAGCAAGACCAGGUGUGUUGAAGCGGUGAAAGGGACAAUAGUAAAUGCUGUAAGCCAAAUAAGAUGAAUUGGAGGAAAACCCAGUGGAAGUUGGGUUGAGGUUUGAUGAGGCUCUAAUCUGGGCAGGAGCUCAAAAAUGACUUAAAACAUGAACUUUGUUGAAAAUUUUGCCGAAUAUUGGACAGCCUUUACCCAAACCAAGCUGUUCACUUUUUAAGAGGAACUUCCUGUUUAUGAAAGUGACACUAUCAUCACCAGUUGCUGAGAAAUCAGACAAAAAUUACUCCAAAGGAGCAAAGUUGGAGUCUAAACUGUUUCACUGCUUUAUGAAUUAACUAAAUAUUCAGUUUUUGCAUUUUUUAUUAAUUUUGUUUCGACAUUAUAUCCCCAAACCUUUGCAUCAAAUCUUUUAAUUCUUUUUCAAAGUGUUUAAGACAUGGACUGAAAGAGUUUUAUUCUAUUUUAGAACUCAGUAAGUUUUUCAAUGGCUUAAAAGAUCUGUGCUUAAAUAACCAAAAUAAAUCUUAAAAAUUGGAUGAGGCUAAGUGUCUUAAAGCUCCUAUAAGGGAUUUUUAGCUAUCAUGAAAAUCAUGAAAAAGCUUCAGUAUGAAUUUCAGUCUCAUCAACAUGAAAAAAAUCUUUCAAAAUAGAGUAUGAACACCUGAAUAUAAUUGUUUUUGUCUUAACUUAAAAUGAGCCUUUUAUGUCUACAUAAGGAGAGGGUUCCCUUUCAGAAAGGCAGCCAUAGUUCUACUGCAGCACAUACUGUACAAACUACUAACAAGGGGUAGACUAAUAUUAGAUUUUUAGAGCUGAUAUGAUACACAUAUAAAGGUGGUUCUUGAGACUGAGGUUUGAAUUUGAUCCACAUUUAUAGUAAAAAUUUAUUCAAAAUACAGAAUUCAAAUGAUAAAGAACUCCAACACAAACUGUUGUUUAGUGGCAGAUGUUUAAUCGAAACUGAAACUUUCGUCAUCCACUGGAGUGUACAGUUUAUCACUCACUCUUUCAGGAACAUUGCAUCACACUGUCAUGUGACAUUCAGUUGAUUCAGAUUGUUGGUGAAAUACCAAACGUUAGCCUGAUAAUUAGCUAAGGAAUGAAACAUUUUUUGUUGUACGGAGAGGAGUUUAUGUUUGAUGUUCUGAUGGUAAAAUCUUGACAAAUGAAGGAUCAUACUUGUCAGGCAUCACGGGAGCUUCUUGUCCUUCAAGGCUACUGUUGCUUCACUGACCGAAGGGGUAAGCAGGGGAGUGUCAGAAUCAGAACGCUAGCUAUCACUUAAUAUUCUCAUUCCUGCAAACUAUAUUUCAAAGCAGUUUUUGCACUUUUUACAGUAGCAACAACUUGACUGCACUGAACAUUAGGAAGUUACAUUAACAGAGAUGAACUGAACUAUUCCAUCUGAUUCAUGGGGUCUGUUUUUGUCUGUGGUUUAAUCGCAUUAAUUUAAUUGUGCUGUUGCUUUUCUAGCUCACCUGCAUGGUUUGUCCUUAAAUUAUCUAAGUGUUGCUGUGGGCAGAAAAAAAUUCCCUUCACAUCAGAGUGAUGCUGCUUGUAUCAGAGGUGAAUGCUGUCGAUGGUUUGGUUCUUCAGGCUACUUGGACUGCAGAAACCUGAUAUUGACUUAACGUUUGCACACUGUCACUGCUCCUGAGAAAACAUUCAAGCUAGUUUGUCGGUGCUUUUUCUUCAUCCACAGGGAGUAAAUCGAUAUUAGAGUUUGUUCUUACGUUAGAAAGACAACCAUGAUUAUAUUUUAGGCAGACCCAUUUAAAGUAGGGCUGACUAUCGCCAGCUUUUAUGCAUUAGGAUAACUGAGUAUCAUUUUCAAGCUGUUGUGUUGUUGGAUAAACUCUAAUUGGGCUCGAAAUAGAAGAAGUUUUGUGAUAUCUAAACCUGCCUCCUCAAGAAACUCACUUGCAUAAAUUUUGGUCGUAGGCUGCUGAGUCAAAAGGUGAGCAGAGAGCCAGAGGCAGAAAGGGAGGGAGAGAGAAGGAGUGAACUGUGUUUGUCAGCUUUUUAAACCCUGAAAUUGAUUCUUCUUCUUCUGCGCUCUUUAUUCUAACGACAAGCUAAUCCCCCUCUCCUGUUUCCCUCUGUUAUAAAUAGAGCCUCCUAUUUCCCCGCGCCGGCGUGCGGCUGCUUCUGAAAAUUAGCACUCGUGAUGAGUCUGCGCUCUCAGCAAUCAAUUUGCCACACUAAGUCCCUCCAAAAAGGUUACCUGUGGCAACUGAGGCCCGGUCACGUAGAGCCGCCUGUCCCUGCAGCUAGUUAAAUAAAUGGCUCUGUGCGGAGAGUCAGCUGAAUGAAAUGUCAAAAUAUUGAUGUUGAAUAGUUACGUGAUUUCAGAGCAUUCGUCACAGAGGGGAGGGGAGCGGGUUGUGUAAAGGGGGUGUGUCAGCCUCAGGGCUUCUUUAAUGAUAUUAGUAGAGAUCUGCUUAUUUAUGAGGCUGUAAGUUAUUCAUGCUCAGCUCUGGAUAUCCAUCACAGCUACACGGGUUGACUUCGAGCUGCAGCAGUAGCAGAGCUAUGUAGAGCUGCUGUCUGAAUAUCUGAUAAUGAGAUACUUCUACUGUUUAAUAUUUACUCAUUUGGAUCUUAAUGCAGGAUUACAUGGUGGGAAUUAGAUCCAGCCUUUGAACAGACCUCAUGUUUUACCGCCUAGGCUUUACAGUCAAGGACAAAAAGUACCCUCAGACCAAUGACCUUCUAACAUCUCUGUAAAAAGCUGAAUACUGGGUGUUUAUUUGCAAACUUAAAAAUAUGAAAACAAGUUCUCUCGUUGUCAUCUGAGUCCGGAAACAAAUUGCCAAACAAAAGGUGUAUUCAAGGCAGGACACAAAAGCCUCCUGUCAGAGUAAAACGCUCUCAUCUGACUGGGUUAUCUCUUUGAUGAAAAUCAAGCAUGUACAAAAUGUUCAGCAUGUUAAUUGAAUUUGAUUCUACAUUUCAAAACAUUUGUGAGCAAAUUUUCAUCACAGCUCAGCUUCAAAAGAAACCAGCUCUGAGCUUUUGAGCACUAGAAAACAAUCAAUACAGGCAAACGAGGAGGAAAUACAAUUAUGAGGUCACAGGACUGAGGAGUCAUUAAGAUGGAGGGUUUGGGUCAUGAGCGUUCACACAAAUGAGUCAGUUGUCAUUGAUUCUGAAAAAACAGUCAACUAGGGCUGGGCGAUAUGGAAAAAAGUUUAUCACAGUAUAUUUUUUUCAUAUCAGUUGAUAUCGAUAUUACAAUUUAUAAAAUGAAAUUUUAGUGCUUAUUGGUAGCAUGUCUUUUGCAAUAAAAAUAAGCUACUGCAUCUGUUAGGUCUUUGUGUCUCUUUGACGUUUUGUUGCAAGGUGUUGCGCUAGAGAAAGCGGACUGAAUGGUCGGCUGUUUCAGCUGCACAGGUGCCAUGGGCUCCUUACUCCGCUCGGUGUUUGUAACCUUCUGCAUUGUGCGUGCUCUGCUGUGUGGCACUGUUUAAGGUGGUGAAAAAGAUUUGAGGUAUUCCCCAACUUUGUGAGAACAUGUACUGGACAUAAUAUGCAGUAAACACUACCCUGCUUCAUGUCUGACCUCAACAAACCAAAAUACCUCCAUACCACCAAUGUUUUCAUGCCAGUGUUGUCGACGAUGUUGUAAUCUGUUGAGCCUUCAUCUGCAUUUCUGCUGGGGGUAGCACUCAUUUCCUUUUUUUCUCACUGACAGUGAUGUCGGCUUCACGUGUUAGAGUGCUGUGGUUGCAUGUAGCUGCAGCCUGCUACUACACAGUUGUUUGCUACUUGGUUCUAAUUCAGCACAUGAUUGGUUCAGUGCGAAGCGGACCCGGAGCAACUCCCCCUUUUGUUGGCUAUUCCUAUAGUCUACCAAAACAUGGCAGAAUGCCGACUAUUGAAAAGGAUAUUGACCAUGUUUUAUAUUGAUUAAUUUUUGAUAUAUAUAUAAUUAUCCUUUUAUUGCCCAGCCCUACCGUCAACUGAUUUCAGUUUUUCAGCCUCAGUCGGGACAUGUGACGGCCCAGGACUGUUGAAUCCAGCCCCUCACAGACUGUGGAGUCCUGCUAAUAAUGAUCUCACAUUACACUGUAAAAUCCAUCCGUGGCAGUGGGGCACACACACACACACACACUCUCUUGCUGUUGGUGUCUGUGCCCGGUGUCGGGGACUGGGCAGGUCUGCGGUGUGUCUGGCAGGCUGCAGGUCUCUGGGUUGCUCUGAUAGCACUUGUUCCUUUGAGGCCCAACAUGCUGAGGAUAACAACACCAGCCUCGUCCAGGGUCUGAUCUCGGGCCAGCGAGGAGGGGAUCCAAGGUUUGAUCCGCCAGGAUCGGGCAGAAUACAGAUACACCAGUGGCUGAUUGGUUGAGCACAUGAUCAGACGUGUAACACAGGUUUGAUAGCUGAUAGCGGUCCCCCCCUCGCUCUGGCACACAACGCCGCCUGGAUGCACCCUCGCCCAGUAAGCCCACCCUCCUCGUCUCCCUCGUCUCCCCUUGAUCUACCUCAACUGGCUCCUUUUUCCCCCACGGUUCCCCUCUGUUCUUUCUGUGUCUCUCCCCCCAAAACCCGUCUUUCUUCUUUGCCUGCUCCCCUCCCAGUUCCUCGUCAGAUCCACAGGGCCAGAUUUUUAUCGCUUUUCUGCGAGUCCUGCGAGGGGAACCUUGAGGGUCUCAGUGGGAUCAAUUUAAAAGGGAAGCGCUUGUCUCUCCUCCUCUCCUUGGCCCUCUCGGCUGAUUGGGUCCGCUCGCCAGGAACUCACAGGCUUUUGAUCUCAACCACCCCCCUUUCCCCUCACCGCCUCCACCCACCCCUGCUCAAAGUUUUUGUCGGAGCUCGGCUCUAAAAAAAAAAUCUGUUCCACUUUCUGAGAAAUGUGGGCCCCAUUUGCUUUCUCUGCACCUGUGAGGGAUGGGGUAAAAGUUUUGUAAACCUACUGGGUGGUACGAGCGAUCUAUGGCGUGAUUGACUUCUCUUUGAAGAUGUGAGAGCAAUCCGUCUCUUUAGGUGGAGGUACACUGAAGAGAGACCUGCACUCCUCGGGCAGCUCUCUCCAACAACUGGUGAGAAGUUGCUGGGAGGUUCGAUGCAUAAUUCACACAGCAGCUCUGUAAUAAAGAGGAGAAAGGUACGGGGUGGUGCCCGCGAGCGUUCCCAUGCUGAGCGGAGUGGAAGGUGCUCCCUCCUUUGUACGACAUGAAGGAACAGUGACCCUGCAGCAAGAGGGACUACAUCAGACUACAAUACCCAGGCAGGGAGGGCUGUGUCCAGGGUCUUGCUUCUUUGUUGAAAACCUAGAGCUCUGUGAGUGAGAACUCUGCUUUGUGCCUGCUUUUGGGUCUUAUUUUAGGGCUUCAGUCCAUUACUCUGUGAUGAAGAUGCGCUCAAGAGAGUAAGUGCAUAAAUCUGGGAGCGUAGUAACAACGUCACUGACAGGGGAAACACUCAUAUGCCAAAGCUGUUCUCAGACAUGCACUCUGGAGCUCUGACUCAAAUGUUCAGAUUAGGGCAGUUUGUAAGUGUUUAACAUUAACCACAUUUGUGAUAUUGUGCUAAAAAUAAGCAUAAAGUGAGAUCGUAACUUGAUAGCAGUGAUCCAUAACGCUGUUUGCCACGUAAUAGAACAAGGAUAGACAGAGAUGAAGUAGCAGACUAGCUAAAGCAACCCUCUGCAGGAAGAUUUGGCACUUUUAAGCACUGGUGUCUAAGAUUCAUUGUGAAUCCAAAAGUGACAAUAGGGUUUGUGCCUCUUCAGGUUACUGAUCAAUCGGGUAGUCGUACUUUCUAACAGAACUUUUAAGUGUUUUCAUGUAGUGUAAUGACUUACGAUCUGCUGGAUGUUGUUUACUUCAAAAUGAAAGAAUAUAAGACAAACUUAAUGCAAAAAUAUCAAAAUAAAAGCAUGACAUAAAAUUGUUUAAUGAGGCAUCGUGAUUAAGGGUGUUCCAACAAGGGUACCUCAGGAUUCGAUUCGAUUUCGGUUAUGGGAGCUUUGAUUCUUCGAUUAUAAUGAUUGUCCAUCCGAUUCAAUUUGAUUAUUAGUGCCACAAUUCUUGGAUUAUUGCCAUUUUUAAAGCUUUUUUACAUCCGAGAUUGAUUUUGUCUUCAUCUGUGGCUACAUUUGUAAAUUAAUAGCCUAUCAACUAAUUCAGUUCCUCUAAAACUACACUCAAUAAAUCAAUAACAAGGGUUUUUUUUGAACAUUUGACUUGUAUUUUUCAAAGACACAAAAGCUUUUAUUUUAUGACUGUAUGACUUUGUUGUAAGCAUAAGCACUUUGACGUACUUAUCUUAAACUGAGAUAGUCUCCAGGAUGGUCCUCUGUGGCCGGCAUGACCGAAGAAGCCUUCUCUGUUUCGGGAUGAGAGCGUACAAAGGUGCUGUGUCAUGUUUGUGGUGUUGUUGAGGUACAUUAUUCUUGCUUUGCAACUCUUGCAAAUCGUGAAGGUCUUGUCAGUCAUAAAAUCCAAAGUACUUUCACACGGUUGCAGUCAACCCCAGAGGCUGAACCCCCUGAAGCUGUUGUUGUUUUGCAAAGAAACGAAUGUGCUCUGUUUGUUGUGGUCCCACUCACUAAACAGUCCAGGAGCGUGCAUUAAGGUUCCGGUUACGUGUUUUUUUGUUCCGCCCUUGCAGCAAAGCAUUGAUGUGAUUAUUUUUUCAUUUAUUUUAAGCAUUGACGUUAAUUAAUCGAUGCCGAAUCGUCAUGUAAAACAUUGUGAUGCAUUGACACAUCAAUGAAUUGCACCCACCUCUAAUCGUGAUGAUAAAUCAAAAUCUAAAUAUUAUUCUAAAUGGAUGAUGGCAUCUGAGUUUGUUGUUGUUGCAAGUAAAGUUCAUGAAGUUUAGUGUUGCUCCACCCUUGGCUUUUCCUUUCUUUAGUUUAACUGAUUGUGUUGCUUUAUUUUAUAAGUUUUUCUUAAAUAUCAUACUUAUAUUUUCACAUCAUGUUGGACUAAAGUUGUGAUAAACUUUGAAUACGAAGUUUAAUGUUUGAAAUAAUAAUUGAAAGUUCCUCAGCCUCUUAUUUCUCAGGUUUGUUGUGUAACCUGACUAGUUUUCUGAGGAAUGGGCAGUUACAAAAACACACUGUCAGUGUUUGGACAGGAGCCAGGGCCCGUCACCCUCCUCCUCCUCCUCUUCAUCCUCUUCAUCUCUCUCCUGCCAGGUCAGUGGAGGUCAAACUGGAGUUUUUCUUGUCCUAGCUCACUGACCUCUCAUCCCUUGGGAAAACUCCAGUCACGACUCUGGAUUAAAAUUCCUGGUAAAUUUAGCCGGAGCGGGCCAAAGGUUCCUGUGCCUUGGCAUAUCAGAAGAAAAGAAAACACCUUUUUUUUGUAGCAGUUGGAUGAACUAAACUUUUCUCAGGCAGCAGGAGGAGACCUGAAACUCUGAGGUGGAUCUGUUUCCAGCUCCAUCUUCAUGUAAAGCGAAGAACCCCUUAUUUUUCAGACUCUUGGGUCCCUCGGUGAUGACAUCAUUGGUGUAGCUGCGCACUAAUUGAGGUUUAAUGCUAGAGUAGAGGGAGCAGGGCUGUAAUUUUCCCGCCCCGGCCUGGAAUAGAGACGACAGCUUUUCAUGUGGUCCAGGCUAAUUUAGGUUGCAGUGCUGCAGCUGUGGGACACCUCACACUUUUUUGUUUCUCAUUCUGUCUGGAGAUUAAAACAUAUGGAAAAAGCAGCUUGUUUAUAAUGUAACAUUAAGAAGUCAGACGUGAUGAAGAUGAAGGCAGGAGACGUUCAGAAACUUGGAGCUUUUCAUCCUACGAGAUGGAAAUUUGACUCGAAAGGGUUUUGCUUUUAUUUUUCCAGAGUCUGCUUCAAAACCAGAAAAGUUUUGAAGUAAGCCCCAAAGAAAUAAAUCUCUCCUCCCACCUUCUCCUGCCUAAAUACUGCACUUAUUCUGGAUGUAAAGCAGCGUACGUCAGUGUAGCACAAUGUGGUGUAUAGGCCUCUGUAGGAGGUGGAGGAGGAGGAGUGAGGAAGGAGCUGCUGUAAUAUGCAGAACGGCGUUCUGUAUCUCAUUAUGAUUGUGUGUCCACAGAGCCUGGGCGUAAUGACAUUCAUCCUCCCAUCAAGGCAAACACACAAACACAGAGCUCUACCUGCUCUUUAUCCCCUCCGCCAUAUCAGAGCCUGUAUAAACAUCAGGCCGUUUGAAGUGGAGAGCCUUAAUCACAAGUGUAAUCACUGACAUCGCUCCGAGCGUACUGGCCUCAGAGAGGAGGAGCAGGAGCUGCAGGAUAACGCCAAGGCCUGAGGAGACUCCUGAUAGCAGCAGGGGCACAGAUGGACUCGAAACAGACAGCUUCAUACUUUUUAUUUGACCUCUGUGCUAAAUAUUUCAGCAUCAAGUAACCAAAACAUUAAAAAAACAAAUGUCCUGAAAAGUUUUUUUUUUUUUUUUCUCAUAAUUUAAUUCAAAAGUGAAACUUCCAUGUAUUCCAGAUUCGUCACACACAAACUGAAAAGUUUCAAAACUUUUGUUUGGCUCUUGAUGAUCACAGCUUACAAAAAUCAAAAAUCCUUUGUCCCAAAACAUUACAGUUUUGCGGAUAAGUCCAGUUUCUUGUCAGUAAUUUCAGUCUAUGUCUACACAUGCCCCUUUAUUUUCAUAAACGGACAUUUCACCCUCUCCGUUUACAAAAAAAAAACUGCGUGCACACCACUACAUUUUCAGCAAAGUUUUCAUUUACACUAACCUGUAUAUAUAUGCCAUCAAGAGCAUGCCAAACCUGUAGGUGGCAGUGUAGCAAGAAGCUCAAGCCCACGUUAGCCAAUCAGAAUCCCACAUAGCAGCAAUAACAAAAACGUCCCUUCCUUUUGGAAAAGAUGCAAAUGCAAACAAAUACGAAGGGAUUGCACCAGCAUAACUGUGACUGCUAUUCUGUAUGCAUCCAUGAUCACCAUAGAUUGUAAACAUAGACUGCGUAGAUUGUAAACAACAACGCAUUUAACCCAGUUUCCGGUGCACACUGUGCCGUCGGCUAUUUAAAUCUCUGUUUACCUCAGUUUUUCUCUGUUUACAUGCAAACGUGCAAACUAAUUUUUCCAAAAUCUCCACUCUGGCAGGAGUUUUUAAAAAGCAAAUUCAGGGGCGAAUUCUCUGUUUGUUUCCAAACAAAGGGUGCAAAUGAUGGCUAAUGGCUCCGUUUUUAAAAAUUAAAUGUAAAUGGGGCCUCAGGCCUAAAGUGCACCAAUCAGCUGAUUGGUUUACUGACUCUUUAUUCACUGAGAGAUACAGAUUUCCUUUUCCAGUAGAACUUGCACCUGCCCACAUCACCAGAACUACCACACACUGGUUUGCUGGUUAUGGUGUUUGACUUAGGCCUGAUCAUGAUAUAUUUUGUCAAAUUGUCCGAUCUCGAUUAUUAUGACAAUUUUUUUAACUGCCUGUUUUAAAGCAUCUGUACUAAAAACUGAAGAAACUAGAAAUUAGUUACACAUUUUAUUAGCAUAUAAAGUAAAUAAGCAAAUUGAAUAAGGUACACUUAGAAAAAUAUAAAAACCAUUUUAGCUCACCAUACAACAAAUCUAGAUAAAUACUAAUUAAUACAGUGAACUAGUUUACUGUCCUGAGUGUUUUUGCAGGUAUGCAAGACCCGAAAUAAACAAAUCACCCCCCUCAGAGAUAAUGAAGACACCUUAAAAUGUAAACAUUAGAUAAUGCAAACGGAGAUGAUACAAUUAAUCAAUGCCUUGGUCUGGUGGCUGCACCGCAAGUUGUAGCUAAACUGCUAAUGCUACUUGUGCCUUCAGCAGUGGCAGCAGUGACAGGCCGUGCACACUCCACUCGCAUUUUCAUGUUUUCUGCAUAAUCAUUCAAGAGGUACUUCUUCAAAUGAUUAAAGAGAUUUGUUGUGUAGCUGUUUUUUGAGGGCACCGAUCGCCGACAUACCUUGAACAUCGGCUUAAUUGCUCGACGUCACUUUGGAGAUACCUGAACCACCACCACACAACUGACGUCGAAUAACUUCUCAACAAUAGCAUCUUCAGAGAAUGACUCAAAGUCCCGGCUGACAUCUAUUUUGCUGCCCUCAGCACCGUGUUCAGCUCCAUGUCCGGUCUUUCUGUUUACUUCUCCUGUUUACUUCUCCGGUAACUUACAGAAGUGAGCAGGAAAAGCUCGACACACAUUUCUGCUAUAUUUGAUCGAGUAAGUAUGCUCACAGCCGAUCACUGUGAUCGAACUGAAAUUGAUCGCGAUCAUCGAUCACGAUCACAUAAUCUCCCAGUCCUAGCUUGAACUUUCAGCCAACUGGCCUGACCUGAACCCCAAAAAGAGUCUCUGGAGUAUCAUCAAGAGAAAGUUGAAAAGACACCAGACGGAGCUAUCAAAGUAAUCUGGGCAUCAGUAACACCCCAGCAGAGCCACAAACUUGGACAGAGGAUUUCACUGUAGUUUCAAACCAGUGGCAGUCGCCAAACACACCGGCAGUCGUUUUUAACAAAGACAAAAGUCGCUGAGGAUCGGUAAGGUCUCCGGAGCAGUUAAGAACAACGGAAUGAAUAACUUGGAAAAUGCUCUGGUAGAUGUUUUAUUCUUCAAGAUCGCUGAUUCGCUUGUUUAGCUGUCAAUCAAAAAAGGAUUUCGCCUCAGACAGCUCAUCCAAUCAUGGAUGCAGAAGCUCGGAGUCCGGGAGAAAGUCGGGACCGCCCUCUCGCCAUAGAACUCCAGAGACGCCGAGCGUCCGAUGGGCGGGACAAAGCCCAGCAUUUAUCCAAUGAGCGUCUAGUUUCGCUGCUGGAACAACCCACUUUGAGCUUCCACAUUGAAGUCAGCAGAAGCCCAGCGUCCGGCUGUUUAAAGCGCUGAGGCACUGCGAGGAUGAAUGAGAACGAAGUUAUGCCGAUUACCUGUGAUUAUCAGCUUCUUAUCACAGUGUCUGAACAAAAGAUGAAGGCUUUCUAGCGCGUAUUUAGUUAAUGAAAUGUACACACAGUAGUACGUAUUUUACCACUUUUUCUUUUUUUUGGGGGGGUGACAUUUUAAGGGAAGCCGAGCUUCCCUUGCAGUCUUAGAGCAAUCGCCACUGUUUCAAACUCUAGGGUUUGGCAGUGGGUUUCAUUCACACAACCUCUAUUCAUGCUUGUCACAGUGUUUGACAGUUUAAAGAAAGCCCACAGGUCUAAGAGUAAAUCAGCCCUUAUCUAUCCUGGUAUGGAUCCUAAGAGUGAUUAAUGCUACCUCAGAAGUCUUGCUCACGUUUGUUGGACUUUUUCUUCAUUUGAAAUCAGUUUUUGAUUCACACACAUCAACUAGCAAUCAGGCCUCAUCUCUCAAUGACCUGUUUGGUGCACAUUCUACCCUUACCCACUUUGCUGACCUUGUAGCCUUUCUCACUUUGUCAGUUGUGCAAUUUUGAUGCACUGGAUGGAUAAAAGAUACCACGUCCUUUAUGAGACUGGAAAAAACGAUUAGAAUGAUUGAUUCCAGGAUUGACUGAAAAGUGGCGAUGUUUAAAUGGAUAGAUUACAUUUUUGUAUGCAGCCCUUUUUUAUCAAAUCGACACAGAAAAUUUUAUUUACAUACUAGUUUAACUCUGCUUUCUUGAAUUGUGUCACUACAACCAAAUGAGGGAGGCUGGAAAAGUGCUUUUAAGAGGCAGGCUUUACAUCUGCUUACAUCUUAGUCUGUAGAGUAAAAUAACAUCACACAAAAAGAUACCCCCUCCUACAUUUUAAACCAGGGUGAUAGUCUCAGGUCUCAGGAUGCACGAUUUGCAGUAAGUAAUGAGACAUUCUGACUUCAAAUUGGACAUAUGCACAGAUGAAGAUUUGAAUGUUUGCGAUGUCGUUUCAAUCUUCAAAGCCAUGAGUGUUGAAAGUGUGAGUGUAUUUCAUCAGUUAACCACAGACCUGUGCACAGUGUGAGCUCUCAAAGCUAAUCCCCAUUUGUUUCACUGAGAGAUGCUCAGUGCACAGCAGCAGCAGUGGUGGUAUGUGACAAACUGAAACAGAGGCUGUCUGGUUGCAGGAUGCUAUGAUCAGUCCUGUUAUGGCGGAGUAGUUUGUGCAUGGAAUUGAAAAGAGGCCGUAGAUGUCACUUUACAUCCUGUGUCAGUGUCACAAUAAUGUACAGUGGCCUCAGGGUGUGAUUUAGAAAUGAAAGAGCGUUUACUGAUUAACUCUAAGCAGGCGCACACACACACACACAAACGCACACACACUGAUCCCAUUGUAUCAGUCGGGUCUAGCUGGCCUCUGCCCGGGCCAAAGCCUGUUAACUCCAAUUCAGAGCGUAGAGGCUGGUAAUGAGCACUGUCAGAGUUGACAUAACAACCUCCCGCUCUGGGGCUGCACACUGGAGUCAGACAUAGACAGAGAGAAAGAGAGAGGGAGAGAGAGAGCAGGUUCUGUCUGUGCUGUGCUGAUCCUGGACUGUCUGAGAGUUAACCGUUGAAGUCCCAGUCAGAUACAGUGUGGCUGCUUUGGCUGUGUGCUUGGUAUUUAUUUAACCUGGUUUGUCUUGCAUGUAAUGUUAAAGCAGCCUAAUUUCUCUUCCCUACUCUGCACUCAUUUUGAUCACAGGAGAAGCUGAAGUUCCAGGUAAAUCAUGUUAGCUAAGACUUUAAGCUUUAGCAUAUAAUUCCCCCCCAUACCUGGAAUGAAUUAAACUUUACUUCAAAGCUGAGGACUUAAACUUCUCUGAAGUUUUUGAGUGUCGAGAAUUCAGUUUUAUUUUAAUUCAGUUUGGUUUUCUAGCUUGUGUUUUUGGCCUUAAAGUUAAGCUUUGAUAUUUACAACCUCAGUCCUAAAAGAGUUGAGAGACUGUGUGAAAUAAACAGAAUGUAAUAGUUUGUGAGGCAUUUAUAGCCUGUAUUUAACAAAUACAAUAUUAAAACUGGAAGAUUUGAUUUUGUUAUGGGAAAUAAAUGCUUAAUUACAAUAUGAUGACAGCAACAUGUUUCUAAAAUGUUGGGACAGAGACAACACUGAAAGUUUGAUAUUAGGCCUGUCGCGAUAAUCAAUUAAUCGCCUUAUCGCUCGAUAAAUAAAAACGAGGUCGGUCAUUUUGCCAGCCUCGAUAAUUGACGUGCGUUUGUUUUCCUCCUCUCUCGCUACCAAAGACGCUGGAUGAGAGAAGAGGUCUCACUCUGCGCAUUUUUCUCGGCACCUGGGGGCGUUGGCUCUAUAGCGGAAUGAACGGAGUUAGUGAACCCUCCUGUCAGUCAUUCAGUGUCUUUGUCACGAGGGGGCUGGCGCGCACAGGCACACAGACACAGACUUUUGGAUACAGUGCUGCAAGUGAGCGUCGUGAGUGAAAAGCAAGCAAACAGAAUGAACACGACAGCUUUGGUGUCUAAACCGAACGCAACAGCCCAAGUGUGGGAAUAUUUCGGCUUUAAACCAGUUUUGUUUUCGUCAGCCACAAAACUCCACGUGUGUGCGCGCGCGCGUGUGUCUGUGUGUUGGAGGAGCACAGCAGGCUGAUGAGAGCUGUCAGAGCGAACUGAAGCUGAAGCUAUAUGUUUAGUGUUUAACUGACUGAGUUUUGAAACUCUGUUCAUCAUUUUCGUCUCGUCCCAUCAACGUAAACGCACUUUCGUCUCGUCACAUUUUAGUCAUCUCCGACUUACGUUUAGCUCGUCAACGUUACGUCUUCGUCGUGGAAGAAAAGGGAAAUAUUUUAGUCAAUAUUUCCCUUUUUUGACGCUGGCGUUGACGAAAAUAUCUGACGAAAUAUGACGAAAACAACACUGCUUUAAACCAAAUGAAAGAGGUGAGCCCACAAAUACGGACGAGCCGAUAUGUCGUAUUUGUUCCAAAGUUGUGGUGACAAAGAAGGGGAAUACGACGAACAUGCACGUGCACCUCAAGCACAAUCAUCCCCUCCAUUUUUCUCAAAUGAGCAGAAAAAGUACCGCCGGAGGUACCGCUUACUGAAGCGUUUGGUAAGCCAAGCAAAUAUAAACAAAACAGCGCAAAAUGGUGCGCGCUGACAGACAGUGGAAAUUAAAGUUUAUCACUUUUGACACGGUGUACUCGCAUUAUUAUGCCAUAUAAUAUUAUCUAUAAUUUAAAAAACGGUGUCAAUAAUAUCGUUUAUCGGCGAUAAUUUGUAGCACAAUUAUCGUCCAGCAAAAUUUGUUAUCGUGACAGGCCUAUUUGAUAUGCUAAUCUGCUUAAAGUUAGUAACAUGACUGGAUAUAGAAAGGGACACCCUAGAAAGACCAAGUCUCAGAGGAGUAAAGAUGAGAACAGGUUCACCAAUCUGUAAGGGACCGAAUUAUCAUAGAUCUAUCUUUCUUGUCUACAAAGAGAGACCAGGCUAAUAACUCAUACUAGAUCAUCAGGCCCUGAAGUGGCAUUGCAUUAACAGCAGACGUGACUCUGUUGUGGAAAUCACUACAUUGGCUCAAAAUCACUCCCAAAUUUUUUUUAUGUGAACGGAGUUUGUCGCUGCACCCACAAACGCAAGUUAAGACUGAACCAUGAAAAGAGGAAACCAAUCAUAGACUGGAUCUAGAAAUGCAAGUGACCUUUCAAAACUCCAGCCCAUAAAGGUGGGAUUGGGGAACAGUAGAAAACUUCCCUGUGGUGUGACCAAUCAAAAACUGUCAUUCUUUUUGGAAAUUAUGAAUGGCAGAUCCUACGCUAUAAAGAGUGGAGGGACCACCUGUUUUGUUAUUAGUGCACAGUCCAAAAGCCCUGAUGGCGGUUACACUUAAUGGUACUUAAUGGUAACCUUUUACUUCUCUAUGAUGUCACCUUUCAACCUCACUGGACAAACAGUUGAUUUUAUUUUUCCAUUAUUAUAGACUUGACUUCAUAUUAGCAAUUAAUUUGAAAAAUGGAUACUUGGUAAAUGAGACGAUAUGAUAUAUCACCAGACAAAAUAUUGCGAUGCGAUGCUGUAUCGAUUUUCUUCUUCCACCCCUACUGUUAACACAGUUACAAUAAAAGAGAAAAACGAACAUCACUGACACCGCAUUAAACAUUUGUUUCUCGCUGCAUUUGUCCACCAGGUUGAUAUGCAGAGCAGUGUUUUUUCUUUAUAUAAGCUUGUUUCUAUGCGUUUCCAUCCUGGCUCAUUAGCUUCAGCUUGUUUAGAGUGGUUGUCUUGCUGUGUUGUCUGAUUCGAGUUCAGGCAGCGGUAAAAAAAAAUCCUCGGCAUUCCAGCAUCGCGUGUCCCGCUCUCCCAUUUCUCAAUAAUUCAUCCAGACAACUAGAAUGAUUAUUCUAUGAAUAUGCGCUAAAAUUCCUUUCUUGUGCUUGUGCUUUCUCUCUAAGUUGGUGCAUGUUGCUGAGUGCUCCAGUGUGUAUGUGUUUAUGAGUUGAUGUGUAGCUGUGUGCAUGCAGCUCUUUUCCCCCAGAAACAAAGGAGGUGUCAGGCCGAAUUAGCCCCCUACGACUGAACGCCCAGAGAGCUUAGAGAUGCACCACAGGUUCUGCUGAGUCGCACAUGAGCCGCUGUGUCUGCCUCUUCCCCUCUGCUUCCCCUCCUUUACCCCCCGCGCUCGCUCCCUCUCCACUCCUGACUUGCUCUAACAAGGUUGUUGGAAGAGGAUAAGGCGUGUUAAAUGAAUAAUUUACACAGAAGAGCGCUCCUUAUUUAUUUAAUACGGCUGGAUCUGACUGAGUGGGCAGCCUGCGUCCCCAACUGCAGAGACACACCGGCUAAACGAGCGCUCGCUCGCCUUAAUGGAGGGCCAAAGCGACAGGCAUUUAGAGAGCAGAAGGGCUACAAGAGAGCCAGUUUGUAGGGUGUGUGUGUGUGUGUGUGCUGUGAAACAGGCCAUGCAGAGCCCUGUUAGUGUGACUCCUGUAGAUGCUGAAAACACUUUGUUGUAGCACUCUGUUACACUUUUUUAAUGAUGCAGACAGAUCACAUGGAGGAGGGGCCAAUCACCUGGUCCAAUAAACCUCUCCAUAGAAAUAAGAGCAUUUUUAGAUCCAGUGUCUGAAAGAGGAAAAAGGGGCACACCAAAAACUCAUCAAAUGGUUAUUUCAUCUCUCAUCACAAGAUUAACCAGUGAACAUGUUUACAAAGAAGGUAUACCAAUAUGUAAAGACCCAGACUCACUGAAAUAAGCUGAAUGGAUUUUAAGAUAUUAUUAUUAUUAUUAUUAUUAUUAAUAGUUUUUUAUUACUCACAGAUUUAUCUUGGCCUUUAUUGGUGUCUGUGUAAUUGCAAAUGCAAUGUCAUUAUUAUUCUUGUUUUAGUUGUGAUUUUAAUAUCUUGUGAAAUUUUCCUGUUUGUACCUUUAUCGUGUAAUCUACAUGAGUGUUUACUUUCUUCUUGUGGACCCCAGGAAGAGUAGCUGCUACUUAGGUCGUAGUUAAUCUGGAUUCAAAUAAAUAAAAUAAAUUACAAAAAAACCCCCACAAAUAUAAGACGAGACCAAAAUGAGAAAGUGACAGUAACUUGUGAUUUUUUGGUGUUUCUCUUCGGUAAUUUGCUGUUCCCUUUUCAACAGUCCUGUUUUCAUAAGAACUUUCAUCUCAAAGUCAGCUGUUGGACUAAGUGAUGCUUUCAGUCAAAAAAAACUUCCUCAAAGCAAGUUUCAAAACACGGCAGCAUUCAUGUCGAAACCCGAAACCUGCAACUCCAGUGAGAAGUUAACUUUUGAGUUUUGAUCAGCUGAUGACAGAAAGAUGAGACAGGACUUCGACUGAAGAACAAUGUGAUUCUCAAAGUAAAUCACAUGCAUAUUUCAGUCUUUAAUAUGAUGUUGAAAUGCUCUAAUAAAGGUCACUAAAGGUCAUGUUAUAUCUGUUUUACAUGGAAGUAUACAAAACUGGCAUUAAGUGAUUUGUGCUAAAUUUAGAUUUUUCCUCCUUUAAAUAAAUGUUGAUUUUAUUCAUGCCUUAUCAGACUUGACGUUGACCUUUUCUAUGUUGUUAAUGCUUUUCCAUUGCAGUUUGUAUUAAGAGCCAAUAUUUGCUGUCUUUACAGGGGGAAGGAGAGGGGGGGACAGGACCACAUCCCGGGCACCACCCAGAAAGUGGAGGAGCGAGGGAGCGGCUGAGGAGGAGGGAUCUUCCUAUCGGUAAACACUUUUUUUGUAGGAGGUGUAUUGAUUUAAUAUCAGAUACCCACAUUAUUGAUCCCACAGAGGAGAACUGAACAAGAAUCAGUCUUGAGCUGAUCAUUUUAGGUUUGAAGUGUAAGCGUGGAAAAAUCAUGUUUUCUGACGUCAUGUUUCAGGAGAGGAGACAGGAGGAGUCGUGGGAGAGGAGUAACCUGUUUGUUCUUAGACAAAGACACGAUGAGUGAACGUCUCCCAUUCAAUAAUUAAGAAGUCUUCAUGUUUUUGUGGGAGAGGGAGAUGAUAAAACUGCUCCCACCAAUCAGGUUAUGACUGAAAUCCUCAACAUCCCCUCUCUGUCAUCUGGAUUUUCCUCCUCCUCCCCCUUCUCCUCCUCCUCCUCCUCUUCUUCUUCUCCUCCUCGUGGACAGAGGCAGCCCCUCUCAGCAGGAGUGAUACAUCGCCACAAUUCUCCUGUGUGUGAGUGUGUCUGUGUGUCUGUAUGUGUGUGUGUCUCCCAGGAGGAUGAAAUCCCACAGCUCACCCUGACCUCAUUAUAAAAAUAGCUCAUCUAUCCAGCCAUCACAUUUCCCUCCAUUUCCCCUCUCUCCUCCACAAUCUCUUAGAUAUAUCGUGAUCCGCUCUCUCGUCUCUACAUCAGUGUUUGCGCUGGACUUAACGUGAGAUUAAAAGCUUAUGCAAGUCCUUGUAACAGCAAGGUUUCCCCUGCACCUGUCAUUACCAAUCUGCCUGUAAUCUGGGAUCAUAAGAAGUCUUUUUAAUCAGGAAACAUCCCGGAGUAACAUUAAAGACAGUGUUUCUAUGAUCCGCGUACAUUGUCUCCUGUCCUGUCUCCUACCUGGUUGGCUGCCUCUCUCACUCACCUCGUCUGCCAGCAGGGUGAAAAUCCCCCCAUUAGAGUGAACAGCGCUCACGUCUGGUUAAUUUAACAGCAGCAUCAGUGAUCAUUACGGUCCAAGGCCGGCUUUGAUCCUUCCAGACAGUGUUUCCUACAGUUUUAGAGGCACCGUAGCAGAUGCUCCAUUUGUGGACUCAAGACAAAGAAAGACAGACGGGAAGCAUUCACUAAAACUUCAGGAAUAUGAACGGCUCCCAAAGACUCGAAGGUGACAAAGUCUCCUUUCUGUUUUUCACCAAAGCCCUGUUUCAUAUUCACAGUUUGACACACUGUCACCCUCAGGAGCUGUUUAUACAAGCAUAGGACUGUUACCCACUGAGCCACUCUGCUGGAGCAGCUCAGGGUACUGAAGAUAUGCAGGGAUAUAACAAUCACAACACACAGUUAAAUAAAUAACUCUUCUACACAGGUUUGAAUGAGCUUCUUUUGUGCAUCCGCAGUGAUUCAAGGAGGAGGGCAGUAACAGUGGUUUAUAAUCUAAGAGACAGAACAUUAGCAUAGCUGGAAUUAUAUAUUAACAGCAGUGGAUAGGUCCAGUAUCAAUCAUUUGUAAUAAUGAAUCUGACUGUUAAUGACUUUUUGUAAAUUUUGUAAAAUUCUGCCGCUGUAUAUGGAAAAAAAAAAGAAAGACAGGGGAGGAGAUGGAGGACAGUUCAAAAGUUGUAAAAGUAGACGUAUUUAAUGUGGGAGGGGGUGAGCAGCUUGUGGAGGAGUUAUCGUCCAUUUAUCGUUAUCGAGGUGAACUGCUCAAUGUAUCAUGAUAUUGGGACUUCUCCACUUCUGGAACCACCACUUGUGCAGUAGAGUUGUACGCAUUCGGCGGGAGAGUCACUCACUGUGAUAGCGCUCGGUUAAAACAGCGUAUCCCCUGGGUGAGCUACGCAAUCUUCAUACACUCAUAGACUGUAUCAAGUGUCAAUCAUAGAAAACACGAACCCCCUAAUAACCUUUAAAAAUUGUGGUGGCUUCACCAUAAAGUGUAUAAAGAAUGGACAGUCUGCCUCCUUGCUGGGUGAAGCCACUCCGAGAACAGCACCCUCUGUUGAUGGGCUACAGUAUAGGUCAUAAAUCCCGCCUCCGCCAGCAAAGCUUAUGGACCUGUGGAUGCGUGCAUCGCUACUGCGCAGCGCUGGUUUCAGGAAAUGAAGAAAAAUCCCAGAAAUACCGAGAGCUUUUUGGCUUCAAAUCCGUAUACAGGCGGUAGGCAGAACCAAGUUGUACAUAGUAAAUACAGUCUAUGAGCUUCACCCAGUGAGGAGGUAGACGGCAUCCAUACAGUCUAUGGUGUCAGCAUGUCAGAGCUUUUCAACAGCAUCUUACAUGUUGUAACCAAGACGUGAGGCUGUUCAGUAUUAAAUGGCAUUUUACUAUCAAAUGAUGCCAAAUAGAGAGAGAAUAUGACAAACAGACUAAAAGAGCUAAAUAUGAGCAUAAAUGUGGACGUGACAUGAAAACUGCAGUCGGGAUUUUACGUCAACCUAAGCAAAUGGUGACAGCUGUCUCAGAUGAAAGAUCCCUGGAUCUCUGGUCAUGGUGAUAUCUUGUGCGGAUUCUAGGUAUUCCAAGCUAGAAAGCUGUCAGAUUUGUUUGGAGUUAUGUUUGAUUUGUGAAAGUUUACUGCAUUUCUCCUUCCCCUUCUUUGUAUAUUCAGUUGAAUCUCAUCUCAAGACCCUUAGUUCCAGUGUCAGCUAACCUGUUACUUAUUUUGUGUUGUUUGCCCCCAAAUCUGUGACUCUACCCUCCCUUCGCAAUUAAAAGUUGCGUCUGGGCUGUUGUAUUUGCAGUGAAGUAAAUUCAAAGGGCAAAAUUUAGUAGAAACUCAAGAAAGAGAGUUAAAAGUUAUAGAGUAUUUGGAAACUAAGUGUACAGAUUCUUUAGUUCUUGCAGGUUUAAGACCUCUAGGUGAACUGGUUCCAGGUCUGAAGUCUACUCGACUGUUGUCAUGUCAUGUUGCUUAAACAGACAUUUUUUUAGGUUCUGUCAGAGUUGACCUGGUGCCUGUUUGAUGAAAUUGUGUUUCGUCUUUGACAGAGUAGUUACAGUAAGUAUCAGCUUUCAUUGUUAGGUUGCCCUCUCACCUUUACGUGCAGCAGCUUGCUCCCUGCAGAAAGGCCAUCUUAUGUUAAACAGGAACAAGCCGUCUCUCUCUGACCUGCUUUUAAAAGCUCAGGCUCACCUCAACAAGAGAGGAACUGUUUGAAUCAUCUGCAUAAUCUUUUGAUCUUGCACCGGUGGACCGAUGCUCCGGUAGCAGCCAUCAUUAAGGAAGUUUGCGUGAUGUUCCCUCUUCCUCCAUCAUGGCUGAAGCUCCAACACGUGCCCUUCAUUCCCUCCCUGCACCUUGGAUCCUCCACCGUACAACCACCCUUCGCUUCAAAGCCACCCUACGUCAGGUUGAAAGCCAAAACCGCUCUUGUCUGUCCUUCACCGCCAAGCUGAUGUGUUUGUGUCUGUGUUGUGUUGCCCUUGGGGUGGGUUACCUCCACCCCUCCUCCCCCUCUCCAUCUCAUCUUUUCUCCUCCCCACCUUGCUGUUUAUCUGUCUCCUGGCUCGUCACGUCCCUGAACCUGCUCUAAUUAGCAUCCCACACAACACUGUUUAUUUACUCAGGUACCGACUGAAGGGGAGGGAGGUGAGAAUGAAAGAGAGAGACAAGAAGAAAAGGUAAAGAGACAGAGCAAGUUAGGAAAAGAGAGAGAGAGAGAGAAGGAGGGCUGGGAACAGGAAGAGAGGGAGAAAUGAAUCAGAGAAUCAAAGAGCUAUGAGACUCUCUCUCUCAUGGCGGAUGCAGGGGGUAAUGAUAGUUAGACAGACAUGAUGCUGAAAGUCGAGAAAGUGAGAGAUGGAGAACUUUCCCUCCUCUCCACGCCUCCCCUCUGCCUUUUCCUGCGUUUCAUCUGAGAUGCAGAGUGCCUAAAAUUAGCAAGCUGGCAGCUUCCUUCCUCCCUUCCUUCCUUCCAGGGCCCCAUUAAAGUUCUCCUGUUGCAGUGAGUGAUCAUUAAGGUGGGACCAGGAGCGCAGGUGUUUUCUUAGCGUCCCAGUCAAGGCUGCAGUAGAAUCACGUGUCCAUGGCAAUCCUCAUCUGCUCAAGUGUUGGUUUGUCUGAGCAGGUUUUCCACAGAUGAAUUGACUUGUAUCACUUCAUAGCUGUGCUGAGUGCACAUCUACCUUCAGAGACAGAGAAACAGAUUACUGAAGGAAGAACGGAAAUGGUCAUGUCGUGUUUGCCGCUGCAGAGCAUGUCCAUCUUCAUUGGGGAUUAACUGAUUACAUAAAAGUCAUACGUAUCACAUGACGCAAAUCUUAUGUGUGGUAUUCAUCCUGUUUCAUUGUGAACCUGCUCCCUGAAUCACUGCGCUACAAGAUUUAAGUCAUUAUACUGCAAGAUUAAAGUCUUCAAUUGGUCUUUAUUUAUAUAGCGCCAAUUCACAAGUUAGAGGUGUCACGAUACAACUUUUUGACUUCCAAUAUGAUACCGAUAUUGUAGCCUUCAGUAUCAGCUGAUACCGAUAUUGAUCCGAUAUUGGCACAAACUUGUGCAUGACAAGUUUUGCACUCAGCUGCAACGUCUUUUUCGGACUUGAAUGAAAAAUACUGCCACACAGCCGACAUCACUCCUACUCAAUGUCAAUGUCAAUGUCAAUGUCAAUGUCACGUUUAUUUAUAUAGCACCUUUAUAGGACAGGCCAGACAAAGUGCUUUACAGGAGAAAAAACAUAAAAUAAUAAAAGCUACAAGUAUGGCAACAUUAAAAGGGCGUACGCAAGUAAAAGCAGGUGACAACUCAACCAAAAGCUAGGGUAAACAGGUAGGUUUUAAGGUGCGUUUUGAAGGAGGUGAGGCUGGUUGCAGAGGCUGGUUACUCCUUGCUACUUUGAUUGUACCUUAGUACACGCUGUUGUUGUGAUCAUGUGGGCUCUGCAUGUUGGAUCCAGGCACUGCUACCUAGAGUACUGCUUGUAUUGUGUGCUGAUAUCAGAGAUUUUAGAUGCAGGCUGAAAUUAUUCGAUAUUAGUUUGUUUUGCUGAUAUCGUACUAAUAUCCAAAACAAUAUCGUAUCGGGACAGCCCUAUCUCAAGUGUUGCCUUAAGAUGCUGGUCCAGACCAGACCCUAUCUACCAGACCCUAAGACCCAGUGUAUCUUCAGCCACAUGAGUGAAACACUUAACAGCAUUUAUCAAGUUACAGUGGAGACAAAGAACUUCCUUUAACAGGCAGAAACCUCGAGCAGAACCAGACUCAUGUUAGAAGGUCUUCUACUGAGACUGCAUUAUGUUUAGAGAAGGGUUAGAGGUAGAUGGAGAAAGAGAGAGAUGAACAGAGGAGAGACUGAUAGAGGGAGAUAAAGAAGGAGAGAGAUAAGACUGAAGCAGGUAGAUCAAGCAGCUGGAAAGCAGCUCCAGAUCAGCAAAACAUCCUCCAAAAAAGAGAGGGAAGGUGUUGAAUGUACCAUUACCCACGAUAGUCUAAACUUGUAGCAGCAUAUCUAAGGUCUGGUCUAACAACAAGCUUUAUCAAAAAUAAAAGUUUUUACGGGCUCUUAAAGGCAGAGAGGAUGUCUGCCCCCCAGUAGGACUGGUCGAUGUUUCCAGAGGAGAGGGGCCUGACAACUGAAAACUCUACCACCCAGACCACUUUUAGAGACUUUAGGGAUGAUGAGCAGGCCUGCAUGUCAAAACCGCAGUGUUCUGGUGGGGUAACAGGGAACUACAAGCUCUUUCAGGUAUUAUUAUACUUGACCAUGAAGAGCUUGCCAAAAGCUGCAUUUUUGUCACCUGCUCUAUCCCUGCCCUCUCUUUUUCUCAACUUACUCUUAAGUAAACCCGUGAAAACCUUUCUUCCUCUUCUCACCAGGUCAAUAAUCCAUUUAUUUUUGUUUCAUUCUAUUUUACCUGACUCUGUCACAGACUUACCAGCAUGUCCUCAUUUCCUGCCUCGUUCCAGUUGGCAACCAAAAAGUGUGUUUGCGGCAACUUCCUGACAACAGUGAGUCUGCACAUUUAUGAAACAGUGUGUCUGAUGGUGCCAGUGUUUUAUCACAGCAUCAUUUUGAACUUCCUGUUACUCCAUAGUGUAUCUUUGGCUGUUUGUUUUGGUGAAAGUUUGGAUCUAAUAGUUGGAGGGGGAUUAUAACUUUGAGGUAUUUCUGACACAUUUCUCACCAUCAUCAGCCCUCUGCACUCACAGCCCUCUUUUCUCCUUCAGCUACCUUCUAUUUUUUCACCGCUCUUUAGUGCUGUUUGACCUAUUCACAAGGGUCCAAAUGUCACCGCUGAGAGAAAGGUCAGGUAAAGGUUUAGUGUUGAGCACAGUCUGGAUGGCUAACACAGAGCUGGCUGCCCGAGGGGGAGGGGCACGCUAACACUUGAGACCUUGAACGCACACCUCUCUGCACGCAUGCACACAUUUAGACACAUUGCUGUCACCUUUAUUUCACGUCGACGCCACUCAGUGCACAGCCGGCAGCCAUGUUGUCCGUUUGUGUGCGGUCUUCUGCUUGCUUGGUUCAUCUGUGAGCAUGGAUGAUUGAGGACAUUACAGCUUCCCAGGGAUGACACAUGGCCUUGUUGGACAUUGGGUCAAAGGUCGCUGGUUGUCAGGGGUUUACAGCAUCCUGCCUUCAAAGGAUGCUGCCUUGUUUUUCAGUGAAGGUCCAGCCUGUCUGUACUGAUCCCUGACAGUGAGGCCUUUCAACAUUCAAUCAGUGACCAGCAACAGUUUAGUUCAGUUUUAUAGGAAGAAAAUCUCUUUUCACCAGUCGUAUUUCACUACCAAAGCCCAUACUAGGGCUGGGUGAUAAACCGAAAAUGUACCGAUACUGAAAUUUACGACAAUAACCAACGUCAUUUUGCCCAUGUGGAUAUACUCAUUGUCAAAAAAGUAAAUAAAUAAACGUUGGUUUUGGAUGUGUGUACAUAGACUAUGGUCUCAUGUCCCUUUAAGACACUGUCCUACGUCAGAGACGUGACUCCACCCCAUCCAGUUCGUAACAAAGAGGGAAAGACAGGUGAGGAGAUGGAGGACGGUUCAAAAGUUGUAGCGUCUAGAACGGCAGCUGAAGUUGACAAAGUUAAUGUGGAAGAGGGUGAGCAGCUUGUGGAUGAGUUAUUGUCCAUUAAUCGUUAUCAAGGUGAACUGCUCAAUAUAUCGUGAUAUUGAUUUGAGGCCAUAUCGCCCAGCCCUAACACAAACCCGGUACCUGGAAUUGGCAUGGACCCAGUGAGGUCCUCUGUUUCUGUAUCAUGUUUCUAUCAUUUCUUUUUUGAAUGAUCCAUUUUUAACCUGCAUUUGUGGAUGCAGUGAACUGUGUUAAUAGACAGUGGUUUAGGGAAGUGAUUUUGAAUCAGUGCAGCGAUUUCCACUGCAGAGUCAUGUCUGUUUUUCAUGCAGUGCUGGAUUUUGUAUUUACCUUCUUUAUGCAGAGAUUUCCCCUGAGUCUCUGAGUGUUUGCUCCAACAAUAUCUUUAAUUAUUUCCAGACGUAAUAACACAUUCAUAUAACCACUGGGACUCCAAGCAUCUGCCCCAAACCGUGAAGAACUCAUGUCUUCAAUUCACAGCCAAGACAUAACAAAACAACAACACAAAUGAUAAAUAUAAAUCACUAACGAAAGGAAGUUAAAUGCACAAUAAGAUAAUAAUACAAAUACUAUAUAAGUAAAGAAAAAUAAAUAAUAAAAAUGAAAAAUAAGAAAGGGGAGAAUAAAUACCAAACCAACCAUGCAGUACUCAUAUUCACAGUUGUGUACUGCACAUUAGGUAGUGGUCAAUCAACACCAGACAGUAAACAUUUUACCCUCUCUGAAUCUUUUAACAAUAUUUUCUUCUCUAGUCAAUGAAAUCCUGAAAUUCCAUGCAGUUUUAUCCAUCAGUUGGAAAAGUUUAAACUAUUAGCUGAAGCACUCUCCCACAGAGCGGUGAGACUCCUUCCAAUCUUACUUUCAAGUGACUCAGCUUCUCAAGAAGGCUUGUCAUAUUCCCUGUCAUGUUGCUAGUGGUGGGAAUUUAUUAAGUAUUUUGGAGCUGUCCCUCCAGGUACUUUUGUUUUAGUAUUGCACAACUCUUUCAGUUUUGCUUUCCCUGUGACUUUGUUCCCUGUGAGGAACAGUUUUGGGAAAUUACAGUGAAAUGAAGAAACAUGUACAAAUUGGAUUUUUGAUGAAGAGUAUAACUCAUCAUCGUGGCAUUUGUGUGCUUAUAUGGACUUCAAACUACUCAAAAAGCAUUUGUUAAUACCCAGUCAUGACAUUACUUCUACUUCUUUCUAGAUUUUCUCCUGAUUGUGAAAUCAAGAGGUGUGUGUUGCCUGACAUUUCUACCUAGAGGAGAGUUUAAAUAUAAAUGAAAGUGAUUAUCAAAUCAAUUUCCUUAUUUCUAAGUAAGUAAUGAAAGGAAAACAUCCAGGGCUUCAGUUUAGUUCAUUCUCUGUGAGCGAUGGCAGGUUAGCGGUGGGAUUUCGAUAUCGAUUCAUCCACAUCCACAUGCAAGGCAGAGCAGCGGGAUCCUAAUUGGAAUGGAUUUCUCCCUCUCAUUGAUCUGCUCAGGUGACAGUGGAUGACAUACUGUUGUGUGUUUGUGCGCACACCAUGAAUACCAUAUGUAGCUGUAAUGUGCUCUCUUUUUGUGGGUCGCUGAAAAGGUAAAAGGAGCAGCUUCUAAGUGGGCGCGCUUUGUGUGUGUGUGUGUGUGUGUGUGUGUGUGUGUGUGUGUGUGUGUGUGUGUGUGUGUGUGUGUGUGUGUGUGUGUGUGUGUGUGUGUGGAUUUGUGGGUGUGUGAGCCCACCUUUUCUCCCUCUCCUUGGCCCUCUCAUGCUGCAGAGCUCUGAGAUGAAACAAGGACCUCUGCAAACACUGAUUUCAUUUUCUCCAUGACCGCCUUCGCUCCAGACUCCAGCUCCCCUGCGCACAUACACACACUUGUACACCUUAGGCUUGAGAGCAAAGAUGAGCAGUUAGCAUGCAUGCAGGGAAAAGCAAUCGAGCACAGAUAACACUUAAGUUCACUGAGGAGGAAAAAACUCCUGGAAUGAUCUUAUUUCCUCCUGUAUGGCAGAAUUGGGGGAAUAUUCCUUUAUUGUCUUGAAAGAAUAAAGAAAUUUAAAUGUUUAUAACCCUCUCUCACUCUGAGCGUCACUAAUCCUCCAUGCUGUGUUUGUGUGUUUGUGAAAGAGAGACAGGGAGGAGGUUUGUGAAAGAUGGCCGCUGGACAUGGCUUCACACAGCCGACUGGCCCCGACCCCCCGUGAUCUGCCCUCUUAUCUAGCCCAGAUCCUGGCCUUUCAUCUGGGCUAAAACCUGGGGGAGCUUGGCCUCUGCUGGGUUUUCGCCCUCCCUCCCUGGUCCACACAUAAACAUACACACACACACACACACUUCAUUCCAGACCCCCCCUCCUCCAUCCCUGGGCUCUAUCUUUGAGUCCCAGAUGAGCAUUGCUCUCACCUACAAGAGAGAUAACAAACUUCACACUUCUCUGCCCCCUGCUCUGCCUAAAAACACUCCAGAUAUGGUUCUUUAAAACUCACCUCAAGAGAAAAAAGGCUGAAUCCAAAAAUCUGGACUUGGAUGGUUUUGCAGACUUGAGGACUUUGCAAGAAAGGAUCAGCAAACCUGUAAUUUAACCAGUCCUCAAGGGGCCAGUAGUGACCUUUCUGCCGACUUCCUUAGAGUCUGGUUUGGAUGUAGGCUUCAACAAACUCCAGUAACUGUUUUACCAAAUAUAUGCUGUGCUUCGACUGAGACUUGUGGCUUUUUGAAGUAGCUGACUGCAGAAACAGAUACAGCUGCUUAUCUUUAUGCAAGUGUUUGAAAAAAUACAUUUAUUAAAGCAUUGAAUUUGGUAUCACGCAUUAGUGAAGGCACACAAAAAUAUGUAUAUCUGAGAUCCCACUGGUUAUGGCCUGAAUAUUUGGCAACAACCAAUCAUCUGUGGCCUCAGAUGCAUCAAGCAGGUAACUGAAUAAAGUGCAUCUGGACUUUGUUAACCACCUAACCAGAAAAAUGAGAAAAAUAAGGUUUGGAUUUGAAUGAGAACACUAGGAAAGAUCAUAGCUGGUCUGCUGUGGUCAAUCACUGAGCUUUCAAUAUUCUUCAUGUUCUGUGUGUUGGAUAGUUAGCAGAAAGUGCUCUUUAAAAGCAUCUCUCAGAGUUUUAUUUUUGGCUUUUAUUUACCUUUAACAGGACAGUGGACAAAGCAGGAAAUAGGGAAUGAGCAGGGAGUGACAUGCUGGAAAGAAGACACAGGCUCCCCUGCUAGAGGCAAAGCCCCCAUAUAUGGGGCACACGCUUAGACUGUUAGGCCAGCAGCGUCCCAAAAUCAGUGUUUUAAACAAACAAACCAUCCCCAUAUGUGAGGAUCUGAGGAUAAACCUUGUCUUCAUCUAACAACAUGGAUUCUGAGGCUGGUGGUGUUUGUGUUUCGUCUCUUGGGGCUGUUUGUUCGCUUAUUUCUGACUUUGGCCAUGCAGGCAGCCAUGCUAGCUAAGCUUUUUUGAAUGCAUUCAGCUGUUGCCUCUUAUAUUUUGGACAUAGACCUUUUCCCUGUUGGUAUCUAAAGCCUGCUCAGACAUGAUUGAUUGAUUAGUCGAUACUACUCCUACUGCAAAUAAAACCAAACAUUUCUGAUGCCAAGGUGUUGUCCCGAGCCAACAGAUUUAAGGAGAGAUUGAUUCUCUGUGAAUACAUCCAAAAAUGUUUGAAUUCAUGAGGUUUUUAUCUUUGUAUUCUCUAAUCAGUUUGUCCAUAUUGUAGUCUGUAGGUCUGUCUAUUCAAAGUUAGUGGAGAUAAAGUUUGAGAGCAGAUUCGAGCUAAUGUUGGUGCAAACUUUCUGUACAUACAACAUAUUUCUGUGAGGGUUCAGUUAUCAUGACAAGAAGGUGGACAUGUGGAAGCAGCCAAAUAAAGUUUCUCCGGUAUUCUACUUCAUACUGUCAAGAAACAGACUGACUGACAGGCUGUGUUAUCCUGUGUUUGUUUCCUGGCACCAUCUGCAUGGACUGAGAGCAAAAUGCUGGACUCUGCAGUUUUAACCAUAGCUGGCAGAGAAGCAAGACAGAGGAGAACCAGAGAAUUCAUCAGGGAAGCUACCAAAACACAGCACUGUCCGUGUUUUGACAUUUCCCAGAGCAGCUUUCACCUCUCGCUAAAUAGCAUUACAGCUUCACAAUAGGUAGGUUGUUUUGGCUGCUCGGUCCAUCAGUCUUGGCUCGAUCACCUCCACAUGUGACCCGGGUCCAGGUUUGACGGUGUGAGCUGAAGUUGUUUUUGUGUGUUCAUUCCACUCCGUACCAUUUCAUUCCAUUCCAGGUGGAUGCCUGAGCGUCCCCACACUGCCCUCCUGCUCAACCCUGACCUGUCUCCAGCGUAAACAGCAGAUCCUCACCUCUCACCCCAUCUGGCUUUACCUGAUAAUCUGUCUCUGUGGAUCACCCCUCACCCUUUUUUUCCUCUUCUCUGUCUCCCUCACUUGCUCACAUUCUCUCCAGAAACCAGGUUUUUGCGUUACCCCUCGCCCUGAUCUCUGACCCCAGUCAGAUUAGAGUGGUCGGCGUUUCAAAUGCGGCAGCAGAUUGAGUAGCAUCUGUGACCUUUCUCUGCAUUUCUGUUCCCUGCCCUGCUGUGAAAUAUCCCUUUAGAAGCAAAACAAAGCCAGUUAGAUGGCACUCACUCAGGUAUGAGCUGUUUUUCAGCAGAUGUUAUUGUCUUGGACUGAAACUGUACCUUGGUUAAUGGGCUGAAUAAUCAAGGUGUCCUCUGAGCUGUGAGGGCCAAUGAUGGAUAGUUAAAUUGCGUUUGCCUUUGGAGGCAUUGUGACCCUUGCUGUUUUUUUUAUCAUUUAGAUUAAAGAUAAAAUGUUACUGAUUUGUAUACAACCAAAAACCCACAAAACAUGUAUGCUGUGGGCAUUUGAAGGGUCAUAAAUCAGCAACACACUGUGCAUCUGUGCAACCGUAUAAGUUUGAAUCACAAAGAACUCUCUGUAGCACUCUGUGAAGUCACUGUAUGAAGGCAAGUGUAAGACAAAACAUCAAAAAAUUAGACUGACCACAAUUUGGAUCUGAUAAACAUUACUGACAGUGGAGCUGCACAAUUAAGCUUUUAAUCACCGAAACAGCUCUCACCUUAACUUGAUCAUUAUGAGCUCAGACUGGUGUGCAACAAAAUGUGGGAGUGUAAAGAAGGCUGCAAAAGUCAAUCAUGGACUUCUUGAUCUUCUACAUGUUGUGCUACAACACUAUGAACUAUCAUGCAGCCAUGGCUGGAGAGAGGAGAGCAGGGAAGGGAGCUGGAGGAGGAAGGUAUGGAUAAAAGACUGACUUAUAACAGCCUCUCCUCCAGGGGGCAGCGCAGAAGUUUUGACCUCAGUAAACAAACAGCUGCCAGGAAAACAUGGUUGCAGAAGACCAAGAAGUGAUCCCCUGAAAUGGUUUGUUGGUUUUAGAAGUAGUCCACAUUUAGGGCAAGUUACACUAAGCAAGACAAACAAUAUGCAAAGAGUGUGUGUCAGCUGUUUUGACAGGUUUGAUACUCUUGCAGAAAGGGUGAUACAUUGUGUUGAAUUUAGGGGAACAUCUCAAACUCAGGGUGACAGGGUUCUGUUUUGUCAGAGAUCCGUUAUUUGCAGUCAUGUUGUAAAGUAACCUAAAGCCUCAUGUCAGUUUCUUUCUAUGUACUAUGCCCUGCUGACUUGGGUGUAGUCCCCUUAUUUCAGGUCUUGUUCACCUCUGCAAGGUUGUAAACCAACUCCAAGCUUCAAAUGUAAAGGAGUUAACAUUGAGCACAUGACGACCAUCUCUACAGUCCAGAGAAACAUAAACAAACUCGAUGCAAGGACAGACUUGGCCAGGGACGAGUCUGAUCACUCAGAUGAGUUUAGACAAACUUGAUUGAUAGACCAUCGUCUGUGAAGCACUUUCUCAAAUUGUUCUUUUUUUUUCAAGUGGUCAGACAGAAAACCUCUUCUGAAUGAUGGACACGGCAGCUACAGGUCUCUUUUAAUAGAAUGUAACAGAAUAUGACUGUCACUGGUUCAUCAGCAAGUAUGUAAACCCCUCACCCUCUCCUAAAUCGUGAACUGGUGAAGGUUUGAGUUGUUAACAUGCUGGUGAAGCAGGUAGAAGCUUACACUGUAAGAAAAGAACUGGUGAGAGGAUAAUGUAAACACACAAAAGGACAUGCUUAAAUACUCUUUUAAAUAUUAACACUGGUUUUCUUAAGUUAUUAAAGAGUUUUUUGUCUAUUCUCAGCUCUGUUAAAAGAAUAAGUGCUAGAGGCAGCAGUUGGAGAAUGUACCUGUGUCAAACGGCAGCCUCAGUGGAGUUUUUCUUAUAAAGUUUUGAUGCUUGAAAAGAUUUACUUUUCAAGGUUGAAUAAGAGUCCUAUAUUCAUUCUUCAUCUUUAUUUGAAAUUUGUUUUACCUGGAAGGUUUGAUUCAGGUUAAAAAUCUCUUACAAGAGCAUCCUGGUCAAGAUCAGCAGCUGCACGUUCAACAAGUUGUAAGACAACACAGAACCGUUUCAAACACACAUCCUGGAUCAGAGAUAGUAAGGCUGUACCUGUUAGUGUGAGAAGUUACUUAUGUCAGAAGACAAAGGUAUUGUAGGCUGUUCGCUGCUCCCCCAGCUGUCAAUACACACCUUUUCCCCUUAAAGUCCAACUGUAAACUUUCACAUGGUGGAGUAAGGGGGAAACCUUCGCCCCUGUCCCUUUCUCCUUCUUUCUAUAGCCACAUAAAAAUGCUCAGAGGAAAACAUGUCCCAUGGUUUUAUUCCACUCUGUACUCAGCCAAAGUCACAGUCAAACUGGAGUCAACUAUCCACACAGAGAAGGAAUAUCUCCAGUUUUAUGGAGUCGUUAAUGCGGUAGGGGCACUGUAUAAAUAAUCUCCCUGCACAGAAACACUUCCAGCUGUUUUAUAAUAUGCCCUUUGCAGUUUUUCUUUUCUUCUCCUUAUUUUUGCAUGGAGAAAGCAUCUUUCCCAGACUGCUCAGAGAUUUUUUUGUAUUGAGAAAAUAUGGUGUUGAACAUUUGCCUUUGAGAAGCAUCCAGAUUGUUGCACUUAAUGUUGAUUGGUAUUACAGAGUGAAGCAAGAGCUCUGAAUCAAGAGCUGCAUUUGAAGUCAGAUUAUAAUGUGAAAGUUAAGCCCAAGAGUCUGUUUACAAUUAGACCCUCUGAAGCAUUCCUCUGUAAUCUCUCCCUCCCUCUGAUAUAAAGAUACAGUAUUGAUAUAAAUGCAGGGACUUUUGUUUUUAAAGCCAUACCUGUGGCUUGUGAUUGAUGGAUGGAAACUGUACGGUAGAUUUGGAUAAUAUAGACUUGUUUAAAACCUCACUCUGAGGUUAAAGUUUCCCCAUAGAGUUCAGCAGUAUUUUGGAUCAACACAGAAUGGUGAUCCUCAGAGUGGAACAGCCUUAUUUCUCUUGGAUAACCUUGAAAUAUUUUUGUGAACAAGGGAUGAUAAAGUAAAUCUGGGGCUUUUUUCAGGGGCAUCCUUAUUGCCUCUGGCCAGGUUGCAGUCCUGGCCAGUGGAGGGGGAGGUGGAAAGGGGAGCCCCUCCUCAUCUGGUAAAGAUACUGCCGUUGGGCAGCUUUCACGCUCCACCGGCUGAUCCUUCCAGGAAGUGAGGGGGGGGUAUAUGGAGCCCCCUGCAGAGCCUCAGCAUGUACCACGGCAGCAUGCUGGGCCCAAAUCAAAGGGGGCAGUCUGUCCUUAGCCUAAGGGAGAGUGAGUGUACUGUGUGUGACCACAGAGUCAUGGGUAAUAGGACAGCUUGUCACACAUGUGCAGAUGUCUGUAACUCUGCUUGUCUGCUGCUGGGGUUGCACAAAAGGAUGAGACCUUGAAGAGUGAGGUCACAUGGAUACUCAAGAUCCUGAAAGCUUUCAGAAAAUAUCACAGGAAGUCAUAAAGCCAUCUAAUUUAUGACUAUUAAGUCUGAUUGAUGAAACUAAUUUAAUACCGCAGCUAAAACAGAGUUUCUUUGCCACAUUGGUUGUUAUUAAAGAUGAGGGAAAAGGGUGAAACUGGUAGUAUAAGCAGAAUCUUGUUGUCAAUUCUUGACUGAAAUGUUCCCUUGCUCACCCCUCCUGUCAGUUAUGGUGGCCUUUAAGGAAAAUGGUUCUCCUGUGAUGCACAAGAGUUUGAUCCCUAUUGUUUUUACUAUCAAAAAAGUCUAGCAAGCUCUUUUCCUCUUCUUCCUUUCAUUGAUCAAGUCUGCUCUGUGAAAUUUUGCACCUGCUCAGUGUCUCACGGUCUUUGCUGCUGUUCUCCCUGCCUUAGCUUUUCACAUAUACAAAAUAAAAAUAAAAAACAGAGGGGAAGUGUGCUCCCCCUGCCUCAGACUUGAACAAUCCAAGUAAAGCCUCUGUUCUGUACCUCCAGAGCCUUGUCUUUGCUGUUGCUCUUCCUGCUUUGACUUUUUAUGUAUUCACAUGAAACAGAUCUUAAAUGUAAGUACAGGAGAUAAAAGCAUAGAACAGAAGACGGAGGUACAGUUAUUAGGUUUAAUCAUAGAUAACAGAAUGUCCUGGAAUAAUUAUAUUAAUCAGAGAGUAUUAAAGAUGGGAAGAGGCAUAGCUGUAGUUAGACACUGUAAGAAAUUUAUACCAAGUUACCUAAUCAAACAACUAACUUAAGCCUUGGUUCUAUCGCAUUUUGAUUAUGGUGCAGUCAUCUGGUCCAACACAACACAAAACAAUUUACACAAGCUACAAGUAACCCAAAAUAAAGCUGCUCGCAUGAUUCUUAACUGUCCAUACAGAACUAGUAGUACCAUAAAGCAUAAUCAGCUCACCUGGUUAAACGUUAAAAGCAAGCUACACUACUCGCUUUUAUCUUUAAUGAAAAAUAUUAUUACAAACAAAAUUCCAGUUACUCUCAUUAACACUUUAUCUUUUUUUUUCGGAGGUAGAACAACACUGUACGAGGCAGGUAUCAGAGGGCCGAUUUCGGCUGCCUCUAUGUAGAAGGAAUGCAAGGAAGGGAACAGUUCACUACAGAGCCAUGGUGGCAUGGAAUCGAUUACCAAAUUUUUUAAUCUUAAAUGAUAACAGAAGCUGUUUUAAUAAGAAAUUGAAAAUGUUUUUGUUUACUUAUGGGAUACCUUGACAACCUUCAAGAGCUUAGUUGGUUGAAACCCAAUGUAAUGAGAGCUUGGUUUGUCUCUCCACUUUUCUUUUAUUGUUCUGUAAAUAUUGUUUUGUGGUAGUGUUCUUCGAAGAGGAGGUAAAUGAUAGAGCUGCUGUGUGGAAGGAAUGAUGGAAAAGAUGAAAAUGUUCAGAGGUGUAGAUGGACCCCAGGAAGAAUAGUUGUGGCUCUUUGCUGUAACUAAUGGUGGAUCCAAAUAAACUGAAACGGAAACAGGGAGGAGGUGUGCUCUCCCAGUCCAAAACCAAAAAUGAUUUUUUGUUGGCAAAUAAUGAAUUAUCUUUGAAAACAGACAUAAUUAACUAAUAAGUCUCUAUUUUUUAUGUGAUUCUUUUUCAGUUGGUAGCCAUCCAGUAGAUCCCCUCAGAUGAAGAGCCUCCAGUUCCGGAGCAUUGCCCCCAAGGCCCCGGCCGUGGUGCCCUCCCCCUCACCUGCGGUCCUGUCCUGCCAGCCUCCCUCUGCCCUCCCGGAGGCUAGCACUGCCUCAAGCCCAAAGUCCAUUAUCGUUCCCACCCAAAACUAUGCAUUGAUGCAAAUAGCAGGUCAGGAUGGCACUUUCUCCCUGGUGGCACUGCCUCCAUCUGUUUCCUCCCAGACACCACAGCCACAGCAGCAACAAACCCAGUCAAUUCAAAGGACUCUCAAAUUGCCCAUUCCAAGGUACCAGCCAGCCAGGAGCAAGGGGACCACAGAUAAGGUCAAAUCACCACCACUUGCUGCCAGAAUGAAAACACCCUCCAAAACUUCUGCGGCAGCACAGUCAUCAAUGAGUUGUUUUUCAAAAGCCAUUAAAAAAGAACAGGAGACUAAGCACACCAAGGAAACCACAGCGCCUAAAGAGGAGCCUUCAGAGCAGGUGAUUCUGAUCGAACCAGCUGCCUCAGACAUCUCUGUUACCACUCUACUCCCAGACAAUGCUGUCCUUUACCCAGGUUCACAGUUAGAGCGAGCACCAGAAAGCUCCGAUCGACCUGCUACAACUGGCCUUAUUCAAAACCUUCAGUACUCUCCAGCUGCUGUCAAGAGCUCGCCAUGCAAAACUCCGGAGGAAAGUAAGACCAUAGUGAGGCUCUGCCAGUCUAAACCCACUGCAGCCCAGCCCCAGAGUAGUAUCACUGUCCUGUCCCCAGCUAUUUUCAGCAAAGCAGUCCAGAUUAUCCCGUCCCCACCAAAGGGUAAACUUCCUAUCCUACCCUACUCUAAAAUGAAGAGCGCCCUCAUCCCAGCAGCUAAACUUAACCUAUCCCCAGAGAAGAAGAGCUUCCCUUGCCAAACUGGACUCCCAAGCCCUUUAGAUCCUGUGUCCAAGACUGUUGAUAAAGCAGAAGCUUUAGGUCACAGUCAAGUGCCAAACUCCACUCUGCAGCCCCAAAACAAGACCACACUCAUGCCUGUGUUAGGAACCCUCCAGAAACCAUCCGCCAAGAAGAGGGGAAGGAAGAGAAAGACAAUGGAAGACAUCUUGGCAUUUGAGGCCAGAAAGAAAAGGUCCUUGUCUUUCUUCCGUAGACGGGUCCAAGAGAAACCACCAGCAGUUGUUUCAGGUUCCAAACAAAAGGAAGUAGAUAUUUCAAAGAAGUAUCGCAGCAUCCGGCCGAAACCCUUGUUGGUUAUGGAGACAGUUCCCCAAUUGGUUAGUCUGCCUGCCAUCAAUCCAGAUGGUCAAGACCAAGAACUUGUUCUGGGCCAUCAACUCCCCACCACUACCACAUCCAAGGCCCUGGACAGUCCUCAACCAGCUCCAGUGACACUCCACCUGAGAGGUGCCACCCACUCCAGAGUGUUCAUCGGCAGCCGCCCCAUCCAUCGCUGCCCAACCUGCAGCCGCUGUUUCCAGUUCAAGCAUCACCUUCAAAGCCACAUGAACAGUCACACCAACAGUCGGCCAUACGUAUGCCCGGUCUGCCGCAAAGCGUACGCUCACUCUGGCAGCCUGAGCACCCACAUGAAGCUUCACCACUCUGAGGUACGCACACGGCGGUCUCUAGGCUGCGAGUUCUGCGAGAAGGCCUUCGGAUAUGUUGGGGUUUACUUCAGUCACCUGAGAGAGGUCCACAAGGUGGUUCUGACUGUGGAGCCGUCCAUCAGCCACCAUGAGGAGGAUGUGUCCGUGGAAGGGUGAGAUUUUUCAUGAAUACUGUAACUCCAGCGUCUUUUACUUUCUUAAAAAAGGUUUUAUGUCAAGAUGUCAAUGAAGAAGGUAAACUAAGACGUGGUUUGCCAGAGUGAAUGACUUUUCCUAAACUGUCCUGAUGGUGUUGUUAUUGGACUUAAUUACUUCUUGUCCUCACUAGGGCCAACUCACUGGAACCAUCAGAAGACCAGGAUCGUGAAGACCCUGUGGAGCUGCAGAUCAAAUGUGGUCGCUGCCAAGCCAUCACUCCCACAUUUGCAGACAUGAAGAUGCACUUGCUGUACGUACACGGCGAGGAAGUCCAAGUUCAACUCCAAGAUGGUCAGCCAGUGCGGGAUGGCCUUGUGGCUGAGAAUGAGCUAGUAAAGCAUGCUGCCCACUACUGGCGACAGCUUAAUGAGAAGCGCAACCUGGUCAAGUGCGGUAACUGCGAUGAAGAGUUCUUCUCCUUCUCAAAACUCAAGAGGCACAUUAUGUCCCAUCACUGUGGGUCCACCUCAUCACCAGACAGCGGCAAAGGCCUUGGGGUCCUUGCAGCGGGUACUUCCUUCAACUGCGUACUUUGCAGCGAGGUAUUGGACACGAAAGAGGGGGUCAUGGGACACUGGAGGAGUCGCCACCACUGUGAGCAGCCCAGUUUGCUGUGGGACGCCCUAAGCUCCUACUCAGGCCAGGAGGAGGCUGAGGCUGACGGAGACUUGGACACACCUGCUCCAAGUCCACAUUAUCCAGCCUAACUGUUGGAUAAGCAGGGAGCCCCUUUGUGUGGGUCCCCCUCAUACACACUCAGUUAAUAUUUAGCAGCACAGGGAUAGAGAGUUUUCUUUAUGUAUUCUAACACGGGUUUCUAUUUUCAUGAAGUCAGACAGCUAGCUCACACCAAGAGAAAAUAAGGAGAAAAAGACCCACAACACCAGACUGAUGGUGAAAAUGAGUCUCUGUGUUACAAUUAAUAAGGGAUACCCUCUCCAGGUCACAGAAUACGAUUUUAUAAACAUUAUUUUCACAUUAUUUUAAUUGCACUGCUCUGUUUUGUUUUUGUUUUAAGGUAUUUAAUGUCCUGAUGUUUUUUUUUUUUUGUUUAGUUUUUUUUUUUUUUCUACUACUUAUUUAAAUAUCAUUAAAAGGGUAAUUUAUAACCAAGCUGAAGCAUUACAACUUUAGGUCAUGUCUCUCUAAACUCACGUGGUUUACAGCCAUGUAGAAGAUCUGGUCAUAUGUGUUGAGGUUUUUCAGGAGCCUGUUUAAUAUGUUUGCCUCCACCACUCUGAAUAUUUUCAACAGUAUAGGGAAGAGGCUAAAUCAGAAAUGAAGUCAGGGUCAACCAGUGUGUCCCCAGGCAAGUAUGAACAAAUUAGAAAUAAGUGCAAUUUAAUUGCAUUAAAAGUUUUAAAGGUAUUUCUGAACAGUAUGAGCACAAAAAAACAAACAAAAGAAUUACUGUUCACCAUAACUGUAUACAAACAGAGGCAGUGAUCUCAGAGACAACCUCUCGAUUAAAGCAGAUAAAUCUGCAUGGCUUGAUACCACCAUGAGAAAGUGAGGAAGUACUUCUCAUUUGGGUGUACUGGCCUUUUAUGAUACUGAGGCCACGUCCACACGUUCUCAGGUAUUUUUAAAAACAGACUUUAUUCUCAGUUUCUCAUGUCUACCAGUUUUUAAAUAUUUCUCUGUCCACACAGAAAUGCAGAAAAAGUUAAUGCACAUUUAAGCAUGCCAGGCCAGUAGGUGGUGAUAGUGUGAUCAGUCUGUCACAUCAAAUGCCAUAGAAGAACAAUGUAUGUCUCUUUCUUUUAACUUUGUGCAGAGUAUCAGAUUAAUACUUAAGAGCAUGAUGAUUUGUAUCUGCCCCCAUAUAAUGACAAUAAACAGCCUCAUGUCAGCUGUUUAUAUUUAUUUUUUUGCUCAUGCAAAUAUCUGUUCAUUACCUCUUCAGAACAACAAAACAGUUAAAAAAAAUCUCCAACUUGACUGGUAAAAAUGUCCUUUGUGACCAAAAGAUCAUUAAGUGACUUUAUUGUGUCUCAAACCCAGAGAUAAAUACGUUUUUGAAAAUAUCUGCAGACGUGGAUGGGGCCUGAGAAAUAUAAAGCUAUCAACAAGGACACAUCAUCUGCUCUCACACAGGCAGGAAAUUAACUUUGGAUGGUUGACUUUGGAUCGUUACAGGUAAAAAGACAUUGGUAUUAGAACUCAGACCUGUAAUGUAAUGUUGCUUCUUUGAUUGAACGUCUGUAUUUUACUCAUGACUUGAACUCUCACAGUGUGAUUUAAGGCAGUUUGGGGUCCUCCGCCAACCUGGACCCACAGAGGAACACUUAUCUUACCAGCACCCAAGUGAUAUCCUUGAGGCCUUCUGAAAAAAAAAAAAAAAACGUAGGUGUUUAUGCGUAAUGUGGCUUAUUGUCGGUGCGGUCCUCUGUAGGCCAAGUUCUAUCUCCUUGACUUGUUGAGUAAUGCCUAUACGUGUAUUCUGUGGUAUGCCAAGGGUCUAUUCACACUAGUGAUUGUAGAAGUGAAUUUUGCAUUUAAGCUUUCUAACCACUGACGGGAAACUUUUUGUUGACUUAGUAAACAUGCAAAGGAAAACAUGGUAUUGCCUACCUGUUAUUGCCAGCUCAUGUGCUCACCUGUGGAGUAGUGUGCAUCCAGACUCUGUUAUUAGAGUUCAUUUAAACUGUCGUCAAGUCCAGAAAAAUAUGCUAUUUUAUACUCUAGAUUAAUACAGAGGUCUUUUAGUAUAUUUAUGCUUGUUGGUACCUAAAGAACCAGCUCUGAGACGUUUCUUAUGUUUGCUUCUUCUGACUUUGGGGGAUGCUAAAUGUCUUCAUGGCAGUAGCUCUGCUAACAUUUGUCUGUGUUUAUCUUUCGUAUGAAGAAAAAAAAAACAACAGGGUCAAGUGAAUGUACCUGAAUGUUUAAAAAAAACCCUACCAAAAGUAUAUAUAUGCUAUAUAGACUUAUUCCAUAGAUAGAAUAUAUAGAUAUAUGGAGAAAAAAUAUAUAUAUUUACAUAGAGUAACUAGUGAAUCAGCUGCUUCGUUCUGUCACAGUGGAGGUCGGAAGCGAGAUAGUUAUAUCAUUGCCAAAACUGGCAACAAAAGCCAUGCAGAGCUGUCCUUAUGUGUCUGACACAAAACGUAGGACUGUUAAUAAAGGUCAAAGCACUGAUGUGUACGUGCCGCACUGAGUGGGUAAACUGUAGUUUACUGCUGAUCAUUGAAAACCACGUUUGAGUGUUUAUCAGUGAACUGUCCUUUGUUUUCAAGCCCUCAUCACAAACCAGGAAGUGACAGAAUUAAGGGUCAGACUCUUCUUUCCUCAGAUAAUAAAACAAACUUUACUGUCAGCACAAGUCGGGAGAUGAAAAAUCCCACAUGAGGGGAUACAACACAUUUUUGCUCACUUAAAAUGUUGACUGUGUCCAAAAAAUGACUGAAAAUGUUUGUGCUUGUGACUGUUUGUGUUCCUGAAGAACCUGAUGUUUAUGAUAAUAAAGGUAUGCUUUGUUCAGAC